CAUUCACUCUCUUUCUCUCCUGCUGAGUGGCUGCCUGGGCCGGGCUGCCCCAGAGGAGAACGGAGGGGAGCGGAAAAAACCCUGUGUUUCAAGGACCCGUCCGCGCAGGUAAGAGGGUGAGGCGGUAGGGCAGCCAGUCAAAAGUGAGGUGCUGUGUUUGUGGGUGCGGCGCCCUUUUCUCCCCUGGAAGAGCCAAAUGGGGUGGGUGGGUUGGAAGAAGGAAAGGGGUGGGUCUCCCUUUUGCCUCCUGGGGAGGGGUGUCUCCACUUUUGGGGGUGUUUGGGGAGGGAGGUCUUCUCAGUAUUUGGGGAGGGGGUUAGAAGAGGCCAGCAAGUCCAGGAAAGGAUUGGGGGGUGUCUGUGGGGGGCUUCCUCUCUCCCAGUAACUUUCCUACCUUAUGUGUUUGAGGGACAGUCCCCCCCCCUUUUUACUAUAGGUGGAAGUUGAGGGGGGUUCUCUUUACAUUCCCUCCCCUAAAAUUAUAUAUACAAAUGAGAGAGAGAGAGAGAGAGGAGGUACCUUUUUCUGAGAAAAAGGGCUUUUGUUUUCUUGGAGGGGUGCUCUGCCCACCCCCUUCAUAACAGACAUGGUUAGGGUCUGGCCUUCCUUCUGGGACUGGGCUGGACCCAUGGCUGCCCCCCAAUGCACAACAAGCACAGCUGGCCUUAGUUGAGCUCUUCCCUUUCCUUGCCCCAGGAGUCAGGGGUUUUUUUUUUGGGGGUGCUUCUAGAUAACUCUUUUUCUUCCCCUCAGGAAACAUGGUAACAGCUGUGUUAGUGUUGGCUGUGUCAAUGUGCAGGUAGCCCUUUGCAAAGUGACUUUGGCAAAGGGAGGCAGGAGUCUGCCCCAAAGCCUUACAAUGUAAAAAAACAAAACAAGCCUCAAAAGAUGUUUCUUUCAGUGCUCUGCCUGACUCUAGUGCUAGGGCACCCAACCUGUUGCCCGUUAGCAGUCUUGGACUACAACUCCCAUCAGACGCUGGCUGUGCUGGAGUAGACCUUAUGGCUGUGCUGGCUGACACUGAUGGGAGUUGUAGUCUACAAUGGCUGGACAGCACCAGGUUGGGGAAGACUCCUCUAGUUGUGAUUGAUGUGAGGUGGUUAUCAGUGGCUACUAGCCAUGAUGGCUAUGCUGUGCCUCCAAGGUUGGAGGCAGGAAUGCUUCUGAAUACAGUUGCUGGAAACCAUAGAAGGGGACAGUGCUCAUGUGCUCAGGUCUUGCUUGCCGGUUUCCCUUUGGGCCGUCUGGUUGGCAACAGGAUGCUGGACUAGAAGGGGCAUCGGCCUGAUCUAGCAAAACUCUUACAUUCUUAAGGUGACUGCAGAGAUAACAGUUUUGGUCUGGUAACAGCCAAAAACUUGCAGGUUUUUUGUGGUGUGUAGGAGAAGGAGAUAUGUCAGGGUUCAAUAUGUCUGAAUGGGCAAAUCCAGUGGCUAGCAAGAUUUCCAUCCACUGUGUCCUGGCCUUGUAUGAUUCUAGCUGGAAGGAACACUUUGAAUUUUGGGGUUGCCUGGGACUUUAUUUUUUUGGUAGUCUCUGUUGCACCCGUUGCACUGUCUUUGAGUCUUUGAAUGGAUACUCUAUCUGUUCCUUUCCUUUUCCAUGUGAAGUUCACAUUUCUUUGGCUGCAGUCUCUGAGAAUUUAGAUUCGAAAUGGAGAGCAGAGCUUUUGGAACUUCACAGAAAAAAGAUGUUGUCCACUUGGGAUGUUGAUGCUCGCAUCUUUGUUAAACAGCUGGGUUUGUGGCUGGUGCAUUGUGUGGCCUAAAGGAUGAAAAUUUAGCAACCCUGAGAAAGGUAAUUAGCAAAGCAUAUGGAAGAAUUUAUGGUGCAUUAGUAAACUGGAGUGCAGAUAAUUUGCAAGCCUGACUUAACUAGGUAUGAAGUGAUGCGCACUUUCUGGGGGUUGUUAACUUGCAAUCUCCAAGGUUGCCCACCUGGCCAAAAGAGCUGCGCCUUUGUGUUUGUUUCACUGCUGUGCAGGUGUAGUCUGGGCUUGGGAUCAAGUCUGUGAAUAGCUCUUUGUGUGGUGCCAGCACCUGUACUCUCAGGACCGAGGCAGCAAAGCAAACCUUGUGAAAAAAUGGUGUUGCAUGAGUUAGCUGGAGAGGAGCUGUUUGAAAAACAAAGGCAGCUCUCCUGGUCUUAAUUUAGCACCUAUUACCAAAAAUGAUGCCAAGUAUUCUUUGGGGAGCCGUGGGUGUCACAAUGUGGGGGGGAUGGGAUGUGGUUUUAUAAAGUGGCGCUGCUGUCCAGUGUUGGAAAUGCUGUGAAUGGUCUGUAUUGUAGGUGACGGCAAGGUGUGCUUAGGUCUUGCAUCUUUCCAGACUUGUAUGGGGAAAGUAUUUCCAUGUAGGAAUAAGAAUUCCUAGAACUGGUAUAGUGUGGCACAGUCUUCAUCAACCUGGAGCCUUCCAGAUGUUUUGGAUGACAACUCCCAUCAGAUGCAGCUCAGCACAUCCAUAUUCCCUUCAGAUGUAGCAUCAUACAGCUAUGCUGACUGGCAGUGUUAGAAACUCAGAUAAAUAAGCUAAUUGCCAAAUGGCACCUUAAACCUAAGUUAUGGUCACUACAAUGAAAUGUCUAGGCACCUUUUGUUAUUAUUUUUAUACCACUUCGUAUUUUAAAGAAGAAAAUCUCAAAGCAAAUAAAACAAAUUCAAGCUUCAAGGAAAAUAUUUCAGACCCUUUUUAAAGUGACAUUUUGCUUUCCCCUUAUUUAUUUACCUACUUAAUUUAUAUAGCUACCCCAUAGCGGAAGUACUCUAGGAAGCCAGUGUGGUGUAGUGGUUAGAGUGUUGCACUAGGAUAUUGGAGAUCAGGUUUAAAUCUCAACUCAGUCAGGAAGCUCACUGGGUGACCUUGGGCCAGUCACAGCCUCCUAACCCACCUCAGGGUCGUUGUAGGGAUUAACUGGGGGGGGGGGGGACCAUGUACACCUUGGAGAAAAAGAUGGGAUAUAAAUGCAGUAAAUAAGCUCUGCUUACCUAGGGUUGCCAUAUUUCAAAAAGUGAAAAUCUGGACACAAAAGUUUUUGUUUUUAUUUUAUUUUUAGCCAAAGUUGCUUUUUUCUUUCCUUUUUCAAAAUCUCAAAUUCAAAUUUCUGACUGCUGUACUCUGGCUAUGUCUGGAUGUACGGCAGCCUUAGCUGAAAGGGCCAGCCAGAUGGAGAUGUCAGUCGCCAGCCCAGCAUCCAGAGACCCAGUUGCACCCAUGCCCAUUGCAAAAUGUGCCUGGCACCUAGCUAAUUUCUAACAUUGGUAAUAACCAAGAUGCUGACAGGGAAACCUUAAGAAUCCCUAGUUGAAAUCUUGCCUCUUGCAUGUGCUUACUAGGUUUGAGAAUAGUAAUACCUACAGUGCUUUUGAGGUCACAUUUGAUAAUAUACACAGAACACUUUGAACAUGUUCAACUGCUGUAUAAAUGCUAAGUACUAUUAAUAAUGUGGCACCUAUGUGUUGAUGGCAGUGCAUUAUCAUUCUGCACCAAAGAAUCUCUGAAUUUGGGCAUUUGUGGCUUCUCAACACAUGUGCACACAGCAAGACUAAUCAGAGGCAGUUUCAUUAAUAUUUCUUACUUGAAAUUGCCUUUGCAAUUUGAGAGCCAGUGUGGUGUAGUGGUUGCAGUGUUAGACUAUGACCUGGCAGACGAGAGUUCAAAUCCCUGCUCAGCCACAAAGCUCACUGGGUGACCCUGGGCCAGUCACUGCCUCUCCGCCUCACCUACCUCACAGGGGGGUUGGACUUGGAGAAAGAACCAUGUAUGCCACCUUGAGCUCCUUGGAGAAGAGGAUAUAAAUGCAGUCAAUAAAUUUGCUUAAGCAGUUUGCUCACAUAUUGAGCGGCACCCGAAUACUUAUCCUGGAUGGUGGGAAGCACAGCCUGAGGAAUUCAGGUCUCCUCUUCCUCCAGCCAAAAUGGGUCAGUGUCGCUUUGGUAUUUCUGGAAAUACUUGCUGCUGUGCUUUUCUUGCACAUCUGAUUGAUAAAUGCAGGGCUUUGUCCUGGAGAGAACUGACAGCAAGCAGUCUAUUCUCUUGUUGCUGGUUGAUGCUGGCUUGAGAACUGAACAAAGCACUUUAAGAAAUAUAUAAAAUUUUGCGCUAGGUAUGAUGUCGUUUGCCGUGAUGCUAGUCUAGAAUCCUGGCCGAAAAUGACAAUCUCCUUUGACUAGGCAUGAUGUGAACAGUGGUUUGAUGACUGAUUUAGCCAUUGAUUGGCAGCAAAUCAUGCUUUUUAUAGGAUGAAGAAACAGCGCCACAAUACCUGCAUUAUGAUAAAUGUGUUGUGAUAGAAUUGCACUGCCUUGUGGCACCCAACAUUAACUCCAAGGUUCUCACCCCUGAUGUUGCAGCCCAUCGUCCUCUAUAUUUCUGAUUCAAGUCUUCCUGUAUUCACAUUGUAACGCAGCCAAAACUACAUCACCCUAACACAAGGGAGGCAGCACUGAAGACUCUGGUCAACCUCAAGGUUUCCUUAAUAAGGAAAGUCUAUAAGGGGGAACUCCAAAACAGCAGCAUAAGGCAGGGUAGACAAUGUGAAGCCCUCCAGGUUGUUUGGACAACAGCGCUCAUCAAGCUCAACCAGCACAGCCAAUGGGCAAGGAUGAUGGGAGAUGUAGCCCAAAAUCUCUGGAGGGCAGGACCACUUUUGGCGUAAGGACUCCAUGACAUGGAACGUUGGCUGACUAAGAGGGGGAAAGAUGGGAACUGGGUGGGAGGGGGAUGCAGUGGAGUAGGCUGGAAAAAGGAGGAGAGAAGUUACCUGGAUAUUAAAAGGAUAAAAUAGACCCCCUUUAUUGUCUAGGUAGGUGAAUUCCAGAGGUGGAAGUGGGAGCUACCUAUAGACAUGAGUGGACAAAUCUAAAUAUUUUAAUAUAGCUUGGGCUGGGCAUAGGGGUCAACCUCACAACACAGAGCCUCCCACCGACCAAUAAGAACGACCUCUGUUCCAUGGGUAUAGAAUACUGACUGACUGUGGGGAGGAGCAGGGAUGCAAUGAGGCAACUGGGUCUCUGAACAAAAUCAUGGCAUGCUGCAACAUUUUGUUGUAGGAUCCAGCUUCACUUCUGUUGCCCCAGUGUAUGUGGUGCAGAGUCACUCCUUAGCAACCCUCCUUGUUCCCUCUACUGCACACAGACUCCAUGACUGCCUUUUGACAUUAUUUAUUAUUGUUGUUAUUGUUACCAUUAUUAUUAUUAUUAUUAGAUAAAGGUAAAGGGACCCCUGACCAUUAGGUCCAGUCGUGGCCGACUCUGGGGUUGCGGCGCUCAUCUCGCUUUAUUGGCCGAGGGAGCCAGCGUUUGUCUGCAGACAGCUUCCGGGUCAUGUGGCCAGCAUGACUAAGCCGCUUCUGGCAGAACCAGAGCAGUGCACGGAAGCGCCGUAUACCUUCCGCCGGGCGGGACCUAUUUAUCUACUUGCACUUUGACGUGCUUUCGAACUGCUAGGUUGGCAGGAGCAGGGACCGAGCAAUGGGAGCUCACCCCGUCGCGGGGAUUUGAACUGCCAACCUUCUGAUCGGCAAGUCCGAGGCUCUGUGGUUUAACCCACAGCGCCACCUGUGUCCCCAUUAUGAUGAUGAUGAUGCACACUCACACUUCUGUUUCUUGGCCUCCUUUGACACCUGAUUCUCUAUUACCAUUGUGGACCGCUCUCACCAUUCAUCUCUUUGUCUGGCUAACAUAGCCUGUGGGCUCUCCUCCACCCUCCACUGCAAGGCUUGUGUGUGUCUUAUGUACAGUGUCUAGCACACGGUGCUGUAUAAAUGUUAAACUGCGGCAGCACUAGAAGGUUAGCAAAUGGGCUUCUUAGUCUUUUAAUCUGCACUCCGUUUUCUGCCCUUGGCGUGAGAUGCGAGACAAAAUUAAUGUACCGGCUUCCGUUUUUCAGGAGGAAAAUACACACCAGUCGUGUUAACAGGUGUGUAUGGUGAAGCUUCAGUGGCUCCCUGAUGUUUGCAUUAAUAUUGCAGCCUCUGUGGACAAGCUGUAGGUUAGCUAAAGCACACAGCAGGGUUUAAUAAGACGUGGUAGGAGAGAACUUUGCGCAGGCCAUGGUGUUGUGCAGUUUAUUUGCAGAGCUCAAAAUUAGCCGAGGCCCUAUAAUGAUUAGCAGCUGGCCGAUAGCCCAGAAAGACGCACAGAGCCUGGAUCUGGCAGCCCUUGGCAGUAAUUUUCUGCAAGACAAUUGUCCCUUAGCUCUUUUUAUUAUCGGAUCGAUUCUUUGACAAUAGCACUUCUGUUUACAAUGCUGAUUCUAUCAGGGUGCUUUCCGUAGUGUGGCCGGGUGUGACCUGGCUGCUCUCGUAGCUGCACAUCUUGUUUUCAAACCUGGCCACUUACCUUUCUCUUAUUAGACUCCCCUUUCUCAACAGUCCCCACCCCCUGCAACCCGUCUGAGCUGAACGGAGUGUGGAGCUGUGUCAGUUUGCUAUGUUCCACAUCCACUUGCAGGCAGACGUUCUCUAGGUCAUCCACUCUGCUGCAAACAGUAUGCUGCCCCCUCUAAUCAAUUUGGAGUCCUCUAGGCGCUGGUGCAAACAAAGCCUUGCAUGAUGCAAAACAAGCAGAAGGGUUGGCUAUACUGGACUGGAUCAAGUGCCCAUCAGGUUCAGCACUCUGCUUUCCAAUAGUGUCUAGCUAAGGAUACUCCUGGAGAACUUUCAAGGAGAGCAUGAUGGAGAUAGGCACUUACUGUGAGUCCCUAAUAAGGCUGGGCAAUACCUGGUUUUCAACAGCAUGAUAUAUCACCAGCUAAAUACCACAAUAUACUGAUAUCACCAUGUCUGAAAUAAGGAUGGAACGAUGUAGAGGCAUUGGCUGGCUUCACAGUUUUUCCCACAUUGUGAUUUUUGCACCGCGCAUGCGUGCACCCCCCCCAAUGAUUCACAAUAUAUUGCCAGGUCAAAAACAAUGAAACCGAUACCACGUUUUGGGACGAUAACCAGCCUUAGUCCCUAGCAUCCAUUGUGCAGGAGUGUACUACCUUGUAUCUGGGAGUUCUGCCUUGCUAUAGUGGCUAAUUACUAGACUGCUCUUGUGCUUGAAUCCUGCUUAUUGGUUUCCCACAGGCAGCUGGUCUGCCACUGUGAGAACAUGAUGCUGGACUAGAUGGGCCAUUGGCUUGAUUGUAAAAAAAACCCCUCAAAGCGGUUUACAAAAGAUAAAACAAUAAAUCAAGAAAAAAUCACAACCCUGCUUUAGAUUGAUAAACUCACAGAGGAAUCGGUUUGCUAGCUUCAGUUUUGUCCAGUAGCCAGUCAAGAGAACCUGUGACCAACCAGAUGUUGUUUUUCAAGGUACCAGGUGUGUUUUGCUGCUAGAGGGCUGUGCUCGGUUGACGGUCUCAAGUUGUGUCAACCUGUUCUGCAGUAACUCUUCUUUUUGUAGUCAUUAUUAUUUCUGCAGGAAUAAUAAGGUCAAAUGAAAAUCUGUGCAGAGAAUGGAAUUACAAACUAAGCCAAGUAGCAGAAAUAAUAAGUGAUUACUUUUCUGGUGGAUUUUCCUUUAGUGCAGUAAGCAUGCCUAAGAAUCUGUGCUAAAGAUAGCCUUCCACAAUCCUUUUGGAUGGAGAUAAUACAUAUAUUAAUGAUUGCAAGGAUUAUGUACGUGAGGAGCUGGGGGGGGGAUACAGGGAAACCAAAUAAAUUGGUUUAUUUAUACAGUGAGAUCACAACUUAUGCACAUUUAACUUGUGCGAUUGCAACCUUGCACGGUAGAAGGCCAGCUGGUUGAAAUUGUGCAAUUUAAGUGCACACAAGGCAGAGAGCUGUUUUGUUUUGGGUGCAGAAAGAGCUUUUAACCUCUCUGGAGGUUCCAAGGGGAAGGGCCCUCUCUACAGGUUAGAUGGCUUCCAGUGGCUUCCUUUUCUCUCCUCUAGAGGAGACGAACCAGCAACAGAAGGGGACAGGGCUGGUGCGGUAGACAAUGUUGAUAAGCCCUCUUCCUCAGCCUUCUGGAAGUUCCAAUCCUUCUAAACAAAGACAGUUUUUGGCACCUAACCAAACGCCCCAAAACAGCUUUAGCAAAUAGCUUCUUGGUUAUAAUGCCUUAAUGCUUCCCUUGCCCACUUCCCCUUUCUCCUUUCUGUUUAGUCCUAUCCGGAAGUCUGUGUUAUCCAUCCUCCACAUCUCAAUCUAUGGGACUAAUCUCCUACUCUCUCCCCAGCAUUGUCUUUGAAUUGUAAGAAGCUUUUCUCCUUUUUAAGGCAUAAAUCUCCUCUUUAUGUUACCUUCUCAGAUGAGGAUGCUUUUCCAAACAACAUGCAAGGAGAAUAAAAUACGAGAACCAUUUUCUUACCUCUGCGUUUUCCGCUCUCUUGCCAACAGAGAAGCGAAAUCACUUUAUUUUACAAGGAACAGCUAGGCUUCAUGGAAUCGUAGAGUUGGAAGGGACCCCAAGGGCCAUCUAGUUCAACCCCCUUCAAUGAGGAAUCUCGAUUAAAGCAUCCAAGACAGAUGGCCAUCUAACCUCUGCUUGAACACCUCCAGUGAAGGAGAGUCCACAGCCUCCCGAGGGAGUUGGCUCCACUGUUGAACAGCUCUGACUGUUCUUCAGGUGAACUGUCUCUGAAUUGUAAUCAAGAGCUGAACCUGCCCUCUUUCCCUGCCACAGAUAUUAAGGGACACCAACUCGCCUGGUUAAGGAAAGGUGAUUCUGUGUAGAUUUGUUGGCCAUACUGAACACUUUACGAAUCUGCUUUCUUCCAUAUAAGUAUUCUCAGAGCCUUGGAAAGCCCAGAGAGUUGAAAGAAGUGGGAAAGAGCAUCACUUUUCCAGCAAUCUCCUUCAGUCCCACAUACAGUUCAAGGGAUAAUAAAGUAACUGCCUCCCCACCUCAAGACCAAGAGGGUUAGGGGGAGAGAGCAAGUAGGGGGAGCUUAGAGGCUUCUUGGACAUCAAAAGGAGACUUCAAAGGUGCCGUUGCACCUGCAGAAUCCACAGUUGUGGCCUUGGGCUGUGGAUUUGAAGCAAGCAAAGAUCAUGCAUUAGUCAGCUCUUGCAAUUUCUCUUCAUCUCCGUGCAACCAAGUGGUGACUGUUAGAAAGAGCUGCCUUGUUAGUGGAGCUUUGCUAGAGCCUUUCAUUGAGGUUGGGUGACUUGUGGAAAUUUGUUUGGGCCAGCCUUUAUGGUGGCAUGUCCUGCUGUCACACUUGCCCAAGCCCUGAUUUUUAAUUGUAGAUGCUUGGGACACCUUUAUGCUUGGACAAAAUUCAUAACUCUAAACCUAUUUGAUAUCUUACGAAACUGAAUGCCGGAAGAUCCAAGGCAGACAAAAUUCAUGCAGCACAUAGUUAAACUAUGGAACUCACUUCCACAGGAGACAGUGAUGGCCACCAACUUGGAUGGCUUUGAAAGAGGAUUAGACAAAUUCACAGGAGGAGAAAGGCUAUCACUGGCGACUAGCUAUGAUGGCUAUGCUCUGACCACAGCCAUGCUUCUGAAUAGCAAUUGUUGGAAACCACUAUAGGGGAGUGUGUUCUUUUGCUCAAAUUUUGCCACAGGCAUUAUGCUGGUGAAAACAGGAUGCCGAACCAGAUGGGCAGUCUGCAGCAGGCCCCAAUUAUAUUCUUACAAGCGUGUGUUUCUGACUUCUGUAUGCCUGGAGUUGCCACCUCAUUAUUAUUAAUAUUAAUGAUUAGUAUUUCUAACAGGUAAGAGUCAAACUCCUAAUCUGCAGCAACCUCUUCUUUAGUAUCCUGGGAAUUCUUCACUGUGUUCUUGCCCCUCUAGCUAUGGCAAACCCGAGAAGCUCCCUGGCUGGUACUCAAAAGAAGCGCUAAGCUCCAUUCCAACACAGAUGCUGCCGCAGCUUUUUAUGAAUUAAAUAGUAACAUGUCUGCGACGGGCUCGGACAGCUGGCUCCGGGCUUUAGUUGGGUUUGUGAAGCUGCCUUAGCAAGUGAGGAGGAGCGAACUCCCAGCCUGCCACGGGGGGCAUGUCCUGUUGGUGCAAUGAUUAAUGCACGAUGGUGGAUGCCAGCGCAUCUUGAGUCCUAGGUGGCUGUGUAAAGUAGGUCAGCUAUUUUUUAAGUCAUGAUUAUUUUAUCAAUGUUCCUUUGUAAGGGGGGGGAUAAUGUGUGUGUGUGUGUUUGUUUGAAAAUGGCAACUUCAUUAGCGAUCAGCACAACAGCAGUGCUGCUUAAAUGGGAAAUGGGUGCUUUCCUGUCUCUCAGUUUCCACAUGUGCUAUCCAAGCAUAUAUUUUAUUUGCGGCAUUUAAAGCCCACCUAUUCCUCUUAGGGUUGCAAAGUGGCAUACCUGUUUUCCACACCCAUGCACCCCAUAACAACACAGAGGCGGUGACUGGCCCAAGGUCACAAAGUGAACUUCAUGGCUGAGUAGGGGUUUGAACCCUGGUCUCCCAGGUCCUAGUCCAGCACUCUAACCUGUACAGUGGUACCUCGGGUUACAUACGCUUCAGGUUACAGACUCCGCUAACCCAGAAAUAGUACCUCAGGUUAAGAACUUUGCUUCAGGAUGAGAACAGAAAUCGUGCAGCAGCAGCACAGUGGCAGCAGGAGGCCCCAUUAGCUAAAGUGGUGCUUCAGGUUAAGAACAGUUUCAGGUUAAGAACAGACCUCCAGAAUUAAUUAAGUACUUAACCCGAGGUACCACUGUAUGCCACACUGGCUUUCCAGCAUUGUUCUGUUGUGAUUGCAAGCACGUGGCAACACUGAGGAGCUUGGCACUGAAGUCUUAGAAUCACAGAAUCAUUCUUGUAGAGUUGGAAGGGAUAACGAGGGUCAUCUAGCCUCACCCCCAGCAAUGCAGGAAUCUUUUGCCCAACGUGGGGCUCAAACCCACGACUUGGAGAUUAGGAGUCUCAUGCUCUGACUGAGCUAUCCAUCAUGAGCCGUCUUACGCCUGUUUACUCAGAACCAGGUCCCCACUGUGCACAGCAUCAACCACAGCAAACACGGCCAAUGGCUAGGGAUGAUGGGAGCUGGUAGUCCAACAACACCUGGAGGACCAUAUGUCCUGGUGUGUAGGAUUGCAGCCUUAACCUCCAAAAGCCUUUGAACAAUUCAGUAUUUAUUAUUAUUAUUUAGAGCCUCUGUAUCCCAUUCUUCAGCCGGAAAAGUGGCUCCUGGUAUGAUUUACAUGCAUAGUUUGUGAAAACAAUACAGUCUCUACGCACUGGCUUAACAGUCUAAAAGACACGGCAUACAAGGUGAGAGGGACAGGGAGGGAAGAGGGGAAGAAAAGCAAACUCUGGUAUCAGUCCUUAAAAGCUAAAUGGUUCUUAUAAUCAGCAGGAAUGGAAACAGUUCAGUGGCAAGAAGCCCAGCAUGAUUGAGCGGGCCUUUCAGUGGCACAGAUGGAGGUCAGCCCUGCUUCCCAUCCUUCCCAUCGAAGGCAGCCUGCUGGGAUGGCAGCUACCAGCUCCUUCCACCACAACCUUCUGCCUCUGAAUUCGGGAGGCUUUCUCGCUGAAUUUUCAGCAGGCAAUUUCAUUCUCUCACCCUGCCCUGAAACCUCCUCCUUCUGGGCUAUGUUUAGAGGAGUGGUCCCCCCGCCCCCAUUUGAGGCAGAGGACUCAUUAAAAAUGCAGCGUUUUCUAGGCCACGAAGCUCGCUGUUUUACUCUGGAAUUAGGCUUCUCAAAGCAAAUCCUUUUAUCUGUUCCAGCUCAGCAGAACAAGGAACAUUGGAUGCUCUCAUAUUUUGGGAGUGCUCAGGACUCUCUCCCCCCCCCCCCUCCGCUUUUUCAGAUGGCAAUGAGAUUUGCUCAGCUUGGAGAUCAGCUGAUGCCUUGUCAGGCUUGGUAUUUAAACUAGACAGCAGCCUGGCAUCUGACUGGCUUCCACACCUCCUGCUUCUGUCUGUCAUGUGUGAACCUGGACACAUUUCCUGUUUAAUGGAUGCACUGCUUAAGUGAUUAAUUCUCGGAAGUGACUGGGUAUGUUUCCAUUCGUUUUUCCCCCCCAGACUCUGGCGGAAACAGACUUUUCGGUUGUCUGCUCAAAACCUUAUAUUCAGGGCUCAGUGCAGAGUUCUACAUUUUAUUCAAGAGCUUUUGGUUCUUGUGGCUGUACCAGGGGGGUGAGGCAUCUGCUUCAUGGAGGAAGAGGGCUAUCAAUGGCUACUAGCGACAAUCGCUAUCCUCUGCCUCCACAGUUGGAGGCAGCAAUGCUUCUGAAUACCAGUUGCUAGAAACUGCAGGAGAGAAGGGUGCUCUUCUGCUCAAAUUCAAAAUGAGCCACUUAGUCCAGCAUCCUGCCCUUGAGACUGACCCAGAAACUCCAGCGGGUGCAGAAUGCCGCGGCGAGACUCCUUACGGGGUCCUCGCAGCGGGAUCACAUUCACCCGGUGCUAUACCAGCUGCACUGGCUCCUGGUGGAGUACAGGAUCAGGUUUAAGGUGCUGGUUUUAACCUUUAAAGCCCUAUACAGCCUAGGACCCUUGUACCUACAGGACCGCCUCUCCUGGUAUGUCCCACGGAGGACCUUACGGUCUUCAAACAAAAACAUCUUGGAGGUCCCGGGCCACAGGGAGGUUAGGCUGGCCUCAACCAGAGCCAGGGCUUUCUCAGCUGUGGUCCCGAUCUGGUGGAGCGCUCUGUCACAAGAGACUAGGGCCCUGCAGGACUUGACAUCUUUCUGCAGGGCCUGCAAGACAGAGCUGUUCCACCAGGCCUUUUUCCAAGGCACAGUCUGACCCCCUCCUUUGGUAAUCCUCACAGAACUCUAGCUCAAUGGUUGCCAUGAAUUUGAUUUUGAAUUGAUUUUAAAAUGAAUUGAUUUUAGAAUGUUGUGUUACUUUUAUUGUUGUUAGCUGCUCUGAGCCCGGCUUCGGCUGGGGAGGGUGGGAUAUAAAUAAAUAAAAAAUUAUUAUUAUUAUUAUUCCAUUCUCACAGUUGCCCACUAGGUGCCCAUUAUGAGAAAGCAGGACCCAAGCGCAAGAACAACUCUCCUCUUCUGUGGUUUCCAGCAGCUGGUAUUUAGACGCAUUACUGCUUCCCAGCUGUGGAGGCAGAGCAUAGCUAUCAUAGCUAGUAGCCAUCAAUAGCCAUCUCCUCUAUGAAUUUGCCCAAUCCUUUUUAAAAGCCCAUUUAGGUUGGUAGCCAUCACUGCGUCCUGUGGGAGGGAGUUCCAUAGUUUAGCUAUGCGCUGCAUGAAGAAGGACUUCCUUUUAACUGUGCUGAGUCUUCCAACUUUGGGGAAAGCUGUUUUGGGUGGGUUUUAAGUAGGCAGUGUUUGUCAGCUGUGAGGUUCUUUCUCCACUGACUUUUAUCGACUAUGUUGUACAGAAUUUGUUGGUGUUCUUUGGGAGCGCACACACAAACGCACACCCUCUUUAACUCUGUUGGCGGCCUCUUUAUUUUAAUACGUAAGCUGCCUCAAAGGAAUUUUCAUCUGGAAAGGUGGCAUUGGGUUGUAUUAGAUCUGAGCCACGAAUAUUUGUACAGGGUUUUCGCAGGAAAUUCUGGAGAUGGGCUUUAUGGCUUAUUUGAAUGCAUAAUCCUGGGCUGCAGAUGUAAACUCUCCCCCUGCCCCCGCCUCCUCUGUUCUAGAAGACAUUAAUGGGCUGGCCUUUAGCCUCUGCUAGCUUUUAAGAAGUUUGGAAGGUAUUAGCUCCUCCAGUUCUUCUUAAUUGUCUUACACUUUGAAUUGCAAAAAAAAAGUGCAUUCUUUAAGUCUUAACUGAGACCCCGAGUUUCCAUUUCAAAAAGUAAGUCUCCAGUCCUAGGAAGGAAGUUGUGGGGGUUUUUUGUUAGUGCUUUUUAUGGUGCAUUCUUACUAUAUUUGUUUUUUGAUGAAUUUUCUGUUGGAAUGGCAGGAUAUAAAUAUUCUAAAUAAUCCAUUGUGUGCCCUUGCAUGCUGGCACGGAGCUUGGUAGAUUCUACAUUUUACUUCCUAGAAAUAGCCUAGAUGCAUUUUCAUGGCUAACGUCAUUACUGAGUGUUAGCUCACGCGUACUAAUUUAAAGCAGGUUGUAUUUCAGUUGAUUGCUUGAACAACCAGAUAGCUCUGCUGUGCUAUACUGCCCUGUUACAAUUCUGGAGCCUUUCCAAUCUGGGUUCAGGCCCAAUUUUGAGACUGAGACAGCCUUGGACAGGUGGAGUGCGCUGGUUUCUGCUGGACCCUUCGAUAGCUUGUUUUUUAAAUGGCUCUUCGGUUGGCAAUGGGAGGGGGGGGCGCAAUGGCCCUGAGAAAUGGGGAAGCAAAUUUUGGACCCACACUAGAAACUACAGCUGGUGCAAAAUCUAGUUCCUUCAUAGACCAUUGCAUUCCAGAUCUGUAUCAUUUGUAAUGGCUUCCUGUUCGUUUCUGGGUUCUAUUAAAAGCAGUAGGACAAGGAAAUUUGGAGCACCUGCUUCCUCCCACAUUGUGUGUGUCCCUUAUUCAAGUAAUGUUUUACUUUGAAGAUCAGUGGGGGGCACAGGCAGAGCCUGACCAGCCAUUGGGUGCCCUGCCACCUCCACCAAUCAUGAAGAAGUGCUGCCCAUUUUGGGCAUGUUCAUGUCCAUUUGGGGUAAGAUAUCACCCCAAAUCUGUGCAGCUUACCCAAAAUGUGUUCCGAUGGCAGUGCUGCUUCUCCAGUGUUGGGUGCAGCAAGGGCUCACAGCAAUGGCAGGAGUAGGUAGGUGGCAGCACUUUUUGUUCCACUUCAAGUGGUAAAAUGGGAAACCCCGCUCCAGGGCACAGGAAUGGGUCUUUUGGUUGUCCUUUUUUCAGAGCCUUGGUAUUAGUUGCAUCCGUUUAAACUUCCCUGUAAGCCAUCUUCUGUGCUCUUAUAAGAGCGAAAAAGGGAGGGGUAUGUCAUUUAAACAAUUCUGCAGGUUUCUCCUCGUGCCUUAGCCUGGAAUCCAAGCAGAAUUAAUGCUCCCUGAAAACUCAUUGGCCAUUUCAUGAAUUGCUCAAGAGUAUGGGUAGGCAAAUUAAGGCCCAAGGGCCGGAUGCAGCCCAAUCGCCUUCUAUAUCCGGCCUGCGGACAGUCCAGGAAUCAGUGUGUUUUUACAUGAGUAGAAUGUGUGCUUUUAUUUUAAAUGCAUCUCUGGGUUAUUUGUGGGGCUGAUCCGUGCUCAAGAGGAACAAUAAUUACAACUCCUUGGGGUUGAUAUGAUUCAACCAUUAAGGGACGACAAGGAGUCUCUCCCCUAAGAACAUAAGAUGAGCGUGCUGGAUCAGACCAGCAGUCCAUCCAGUCCUGUUCUUACAGUAGCCCACCACAGUGUUAGAAAUUAACCAGGCGCAUUUUGUUUCUGGUGCUGGUCCAAUUGCAACUACGUGGAGAUUUCUGGGCACCAGGUUGGCAACCACAGUUCAGAAACCUCUUCCUUAGUCCAUAGUUAAUUCCAUUUCCACUGUACAUGAUUCUUCUCCUUGCAUUCUUGGACAAGUGAAUUGUUGUAAGAGCAAGCUACAGUCAAGCAAUGUAGUUGAGACCAUAGAAUCGUAGCAUUGGAAUCAUCUGGCCCAAGCCCCCUGGCGAAUAGACAUUCCAUUAUGGCAACCAUAACCUAGAUUUAAGCUGCCAUUUGGCACCAUGUCUGAGUUUCUGACACUGCCCACCAAAUGCCAACUAUGGGAAACCUACAGGAAGGAUCAGAGGGCAGUGGCAGCUGGCAUGUAGAGGCAUAAUGGCUCCAACUUGAAGGCUGGACAUAGCCUUUGUGGCUAGUAGUCACGAAUAGCCAUCUGGACCCUGAAUUUGUCUCUUCUUCUUCUAAAGUCAUCCAGGUUGGUGACUGUGACUGCCUACUCUUGGAGAGAGUUCCUGAGUUUAACUGUGCAGAGCGUUCAGCUUCAUUGGAUAGCCCUGAGUUGUAGCAUUAUGAAAGAGAUGAAUUUUUGUUUUUGUUUUUUGGCACUUCUAUCAUGUCUCCUUUGACUCUCAAAAGAUCCCUUCCUCCUCCCGAUUGGGGCCCCCUUUUAAAGAUCUUUGACAUUUCUCUUCCAAAUGGAGUGGUUUUAGGUUAGAUGGGAAAUGCAGGCGGGGGAAAAACAACUACAGUUGCAUUUUGCUGUACUGUAUUAAAAUUUAAAGUGCUUUUUGGGUUCUUACGGUUGGAAGGGUGCUAAUUAAUUCAUGAUUUCACUAACAGCUAAAGUGUUCGAAAAGUCAGCUUGUUUAUAGUUUCUGAAAUCUCAUAGACUGUACGAAGUUGAGAGUCAAUUGCAGCAUGAAGUUGCAAGUGGGAAAAACUAGUUGAGGCUUUGGGGCACUUCAGUUUCUGACUUAAAAUAAAUACCGACCCGUGAUUUGUUUUUAAAACUAAGUUUCUGGAUUGUGGGGAAAGGAGGUUACUGGAGAAUGUCUCCUCUGAGAAAGUAAAGUAAAGGAGCUGGAUUUCUGGAAAGUGUCAGCUGUUUCUGAGAAUGAUGUAUGUGCAGCUUUUAAAGCCAUUUCUAACACAUCUUGGAAUGCCUCGCUUAAGUGUGAUAUAUGCGGUGAACUCUUCUCUUAAAAGCCUUGUGCAGCGUGGCAUUCACACCAGUAACAGGCACGACCUCCAUUUCAACUCCAGCUGAUUUCAGGCACUCAGACAAAAUGUCUUUUAAUUAUGGCGCUUUCUACCCUGGUACUGGGAACAUUUUGGACCUCCCGAUGUUGCUGGACUACAACUCCCAUGAUCCCUGACCAUUUUCUGUGCUUGCUAAGCCUGAUGGGAGUUGUAGUCUGGCUGGCAGCAUCUGGGGGUCCAGAGGUUCUCCACCCCUGCUCUGUACCAAAUUGGGUUCCAUGAUGGAUGAAAGGUGAGAUAUUAAUGUACGGAAAUAAGACAUUCUUUGAAAACCAGCUCCCACUGAUACGUUUAAUGUUCUUAUCGUAGCACUGUGUUUUCAGGUUAUAUGCCACCUUGUGAUGUUUUAUAUGAAAGCAUGGCUUUAAAAUAUUAAAAUAAAUAAAAGUUUGCUGGGUUCGAUCUGGCCCAAGGUUAAGCAGUGACUAGUACCAAUUUAGGCAAACAAAUUGGGGAGUAGUUUUUCCUAUCACAUGUCUGUAAUUCCUGCAUUUUAGGGGGUUGGUCUAGAUGACCCUUUGUGACCCUUCCAACUCUACCAUUCUAUUAUCCUAUGUCCAAAUCCACCCAAGCCUGCUUAACUUGUCUUUCCACAAGUCUUGUCUACUCUUAUGAGUUUCUGACCCCUGCCUUACAGCUGGAAACAUAUCAUAUUAACUCUCCCAAUAAUGUGUAGGAGCUACCUACUUUGGGCACUGGGGAUCCAGAUGGAAUUUAUCUUCAGAUUUUGCCCCGAGUCUCCCAUUGUUAACAUGAGAAUAUAAAGAGCCUAGCCGAGGCAUAAAUGAAACCAGGGCUUACAAGAUCAAGGAAAAUGAAUGUUCUUAUGGGUAGAGAAGCCAUCUUUGCUGGAUGAAUAUCCAAGCAAUUAUGAACUCUGCUUCUCCCUUUGAUAUAUUUUUCAUGGGUGUGAAAGCUACCUUCUACUUAGAAGAUUUAAUUGGAUUCUGUCCAUACAGACUGCUUGAAACUGAACUCUCUAGUUAAAAAGAAACAUAUCGUUGCCCGUGUAAUAAAAUAAAAUAAAACCAAUGUAUUUCAAAGUAAGCUAAAACCAGUAACCUCCUGGCUUUAUCUACGAUGCUGUGAUCUGAUAAGUAGAUCUUAAUCUUUAGCUGCACAAUUUAUUGGGAACUUGGGUCCUUUGCAGGGCCUUUUAAACGGACGGGACGUGUGCAGGAGAUGUUCCUGGCGGAUUAGGGGCAGAGUUUUUCCAUGUCCUGUCCCUUGCCUUGUAGAUAAAAGGCUUUCCCUCUCUCUCUUGCAAAGUUUCUUCCUUCUAACAGAAAAACGCUGGGGACUGGACCAGCAGACUGAGUCACUCUUUGCUUCUGAUGGCUUGAGCUUCAUAAAGCGAAUUGUGUUUCUUCAGGUCUCUGUGUGCGUGUGUUCGACAAAGCAAAUCCUAAAUUGGAUUAGACCCGAAAUGCUGCCUUUCCCCUCAUUUUCAGGGAGAAAUAGAAUGGGCAGAAUCAAGCUGAACAUGGGGAAAUUGUCCUCUUUCCUUUCCCAGUCUGCCACCGAGCCGUUAAUGGAAACUGUCCAAGGGCACCUGAAGAAUUAUUUGCUUGAAGGCAGAGGGAGCCUAAAGGUUUUGAUUCUAGUUGAUUGGAGACAUCUAGCGUAGUAUUGUCAACUCUGGCUGGCAGCAACUCUCUAGGGUUUCAGACAAGGUUCUCUUGCAUUUCCCUACCUGGAGAUGCCAGGGAACAUUUUGCAUGCAAUGCAGGCACUCUAGGACUGAGCUCCCCCCCCCAAAAAAGGGGGGAGCCUUCAGGUGGGGAAUAUCUGUGGCCCGCCAGAGGUUUUUAGUCUCCUAUCAUUCCCGGCCAACCAGACUAGUGAGUGGUCAGCAAUGCUGGAAGUUGGAGUCCAUCACUAUCUGGAGGGCCACAGAUUAGCUAUGGAAUUCAGGUAAUCUUGGCUUAAGGUGUCUUUUUUUGGGAUGGUAGCAAUUGAUGAUGUGCUUCUCUAGUGAUGAAUUUUUCACUGAAAGCUAAAGAUGGUUGAAAGAAUGGGAGCAUGUUGGGGGAAUGCUUUCUUAUAGCAAUGGAAAGAGAACUCUUUUUUAAAAAAAAAGUAACAUCAAUCACAAUUGUGUGUCUUUGGGGAAGAUGUUAUACUGCUGGGCUGUAAUCAUUAAAAACCCACAUAUCAGUGUUUACAGCAGCUGAAGCCUCUUUUUCCUUGGUUCUGUUUCUUUGCUCCAAAUUAUAUAAGAAAUGCUGUAAAAAAAUAUACAAAAAACAAACCACCAAACACUUGGUUGUGAGGAUUUUAUUUUAUUUUUAUUUUAAUGGCUGUAGCUUUUUCUUUUCUCCAGCCCUGGAAGAGAACCUUAACAAUUUAAUGGUGCCUGAUGCACUAAUAAAGAUGCCUGCGUGGUUACGUUUAAUCCUUUAAAGAGCAGAAAAGAACACUGAAGUUAUCAGCAUUCCAAAAGCAAGACACACAGACUUAAAUAUAUGCAAAGCCUCAGAGAGGCUGGAGAAAUGUACUGUGUUGCAGGAAGAUCCUGACAGCCCCCUUGCAUCUUUUUGCAAAGUGAGAUCUGAAUUAUUAAAGCUGCCUUUGUUUAUUAAAUUGAGCCUCUAGCAAAAGGGUUAAAGUGGAGAAAUGGCACAUAGACUUUGACUAUAUUGGGCAUAAUUUUUAAUGGGUGUUACACUUUGUGUGUGUGUGUGUCUAUGUGUCUAUUACUACCUUAGGGAUGUUUCAACAAGAUGAGAAGAAUGCAUUUUGCAUAUAGGAAAAUGGCAGCAAUUUUGCCACCUCGAGUGGGGCAAGAUGGUGAAAAUAGACUAAAAAAAAAGAGGUUUUGUGAAAUAUGUUCGCACACCCAUCCAGGUUUUUGGAAUGAGGUUAAUAAGUACAAAAUAACAUUACUGAAAGUUUGUUUUCCAGUUCUGUUCUACUUUAGAUCAUUGGGCUGCCUUCAUUUUUCUGUAGUUUCAACACUGGAGCAUGGAAUUCUCUUUUUGCAGUCCACUUUGUGACAUAUAAUUUUUCCUCUCUGCUUUGCACACCCCACUUCAGUUUUUUGCCCUUGUGCCUUGAGAAAUAUGCAGAUGAUGGAAAAUCUUGGCCAUUGCAGGGGCAGAGGAAGGACCUCUCCUUUACUUGGGAUCUGCAAACCAAACUUUUUCAGGCUCCAUCUGUUCCUGUGCUCAGAAGUAGAAGAGAUGAGGAUAACUUGUUCCAAGAGCAGAGAGCUUGGCCCGACAGGCUUGUGUUAGUUUUUUCUUUGGUUUUUAAAUCUCUCUUCCCCACCCCCCACCCUUUUUAAAAAAAAUAAAAAUAAAAAAUGUAGACUUUUGAGUGGAACUCUGUAACUGUUUAUUUAAAGCAAGAAUCCUUUAAAUAUGGUGGGGGAUUUGAAUCCAGUGUCUCCCAAAACGUUUAAUGAAAGCCCUGUCUUUUAUGACACCACCGGGCAGCUGCUGGGAUUAAAUCUUCAAUUAGGUAGGAUUGCGGCAGGCCAAGCAGAUUAAACUCCUUUGCAGCUGAAGCAGCUGCCUUGAGGAAAUGACAUUUAUGCGCUUGAUCCCUUUUUGAGUUCCCCGUGUCAAGCCUUGAAACAUAUCAGCGGGGCUGCCUUUGAGAGCAGAAGGGAGCCGCCGCUGCUGCUGCCGCCGAGGAGGAGGAGUUGCAGACAGCAAAACACAUAUUCGGGGGAUCUUAACUAUCUUUAUUUAUUUUUAUUCCCCCAGAUGGUUACUGGAAACCUUCUUAAAAGCUUGGAUUCAGAGAUGCAUUAGUGUUUAGAGGCCUCCUUUUGACUUAAGGUAAGAUGGUCUUAAUCAAAUCAUCCUCUGGCUGUCUCGGUUUUUUUCUGAACUCCCCCCCCCCCCCCAGACUGGACUGAAGAUGCUCUGAAAUCACAUAGGAUGGCCCCUCCUGCUGCUUGGCAUUUAAAUAGUUAAUGUUCAUUCCGUGUUAAUAAAACUUUCCAGCUGCUUAGGUCAUGUGGAGAAGGAGCUUGUGGUGGAAGGAAGGGCAGGCUGAUAAUCCACAUGGAGUUAUAGUAGUGUGAUGAUACUGUUGAGUUGGGGGUCUGUUGUGCAUAUAAUUCAGAAUCGCCUUGUUUGUUCCGUAAGCAGAUUUGCAGCAGGGAGGGUGGGAGAGAAGCACGGUUUGCAAAACGCCCCCCCCCUUUUUUAAACGUGCUAACUGGUGAAAUUGAUGGUCUAGGCAGGUAAGCAGCAAUUACAGGUAUGCUGCAACAUGCAAUUACUGAUUUCCCUCUUGCGACCUGAGAGCCUUCCUGAACCAAACGUGAAUCUACUUGUUCAGGUUCAUAAGUGUUAACUGUCCAAAAUCUCAGUUUAAUUGCUGCAAGGCUAGCAAUGGGAUUGCAAGGUAAUGUUCCCUUUUAAAAGUUGAAAAUUUCGUAGGGCCAUCCGUAUUACAAGACCACCAAAUUUAAACAAAAUGAAACAUAACAAAGCAUGAAGAUUCUUGGAAGCAUAUGAGCUGUGAUUACCAUUUCUAGAGAAUUAGUCGUCUUUGGCAGUUUUUUAACCACAGAGCUUAACUUGAGAGAACUGCUUAUAAUGGUGUGGAGGAACCUUCCCCACAAGAGUCUAGGAAGCGAAAUUAAAACACUGAAGCUAGGCAGUGUGGUUUCAGAUGUCAGUUCAAUUCCCUUCCAUGUUUAUAGCUUAAUAGGAGGAUGGGGUUGGAAGCAGGAAUUAAGACUGACAAAGAAACUCUUUAAUCUAAUGUCCCAUAUGAUAGCCUUGUCAUUUUCUGUUUAAAAUCUCCAAUGUGUUUAUUUUUCUUUUCAAAAUUGGAUAUUAUUAUUUUUUAACAGGGCAUUUUAAAUAGUGACCUUGUGUGGGCAGAAUCAACACACUUUCUGUGCCCUGUGAAGCUGUAUAGCAUUGCCAAAUAACUUAUGUUUUUAAAUGUUCCAUAUUCCUUAUUUUCAAAAGGAGAAAAGUGUGAUACAUUUGUUCAUCUUAACUGCUUGGCUAAAAAAGUAAUGAAGUUUUUUCCUGGAAAAACAGUAAAUCGUUGUUAGAAUUAUAAUUGUGGUGUUCACCUGCAUUCCAUACCUGAACAAUUCAGCCAGUAUUUUGGAAUUUUUCAUCAGGUACUUGCUAUGUUCUUUGCGGAAGAAUCUGUUUGGGUUCAGACUUAGCAUAAUUCCAAAACAUCAACUGAUCAUGGGCUUCAUAUUAACCUGCAACAAACAAAGUUCCAGUAUGUGUAUUUAAUCUGCAGACAAACUCCCCCCUCCCUUCUGCUGUAGGUUUAAAAUGCAUCCUAUAAGUGCAUUUUGCAGCCUGCUUGUGGAGCCUCAAUUCUGAGGUGUCUUUUGUGGAUGAAAGUGCUUGCUGAUCUGAAUUUCGAAGGUUGAUGAAAUUAAACUGCAGGAGGACUGAUGGCAAUCUACAGAGCUUUAAUGUUAUGGCAUUAUACAUAUUUAGAAGCGGAUUGGAUUGAAUCCCACUGAGGGAAAGCAGUCUUAUUCAUAGACCCCUGUCCUGGGCAUGCUUUUUUUAAAUAAAAAAGCCUGAUGGAUAUGCUCAACAUUAUGAUGAACGUGUUGCUUGCUGAAAAUCAUUUUGCUGUCAAAAGGACCAUAUCAGAGACUUGAUUGCCUUAAGUGUAGUCUUGCGGGGCUUCUUUGAGGGUGGGGGAAAGAGAGAGGGGAGGGGAGGGAUGAUUGCAAAAUCGCAAUGCUUUGUGUAAACUGUUCUUGCCUUCAUGAAUUAUUCAUUUAACCCCCACCCCAAAGCAUCAGACUGCUUGCUAUAUUGCAGAAUUUAAUACAUCUUAAGUGACACUGAAUUUGUUAAUAUGGUGAAGGACGAGAACACGGGCUAGUUAAAAAUAUCUGUGCCCAGCAUGCAGCAGCAGGGAAGAAGGGGUUGUUGACUUGAACUGAAAAGGGUAUAAAUAUGUACUAUAUGUGUGUGUGUGAUACAUCUGCAUGCCUAAUAUUUUUGCCACAAGCAAAAGGAUAGAUUGGGUGUUGUUCUUGAAAGCUUUGAGCAGACAACUUAGAUGGCUUUAAAAGAGGAUUGGACAUGGCUACCCAUGACUACUAGCCACAAUGCUCUGCAUCUAUGAUCAGAGGGGUUGUGCCUCUGAAUACCACUUACUGAGAACUGCAGGUGGACAGAGUGCUGUUUGACUCAUGGCUUUCCAAAGGCAUCUGGGUGGCCACUGUGAGAACAGGAUGCUGGACCAGACGUGCCUCUUUUAGCCUCGUCUUAGGCAAGGCCAAUGCUUCAGUGAGGCGAGGUGAAUAAAUUUGCCUAGGGGGGAAGAUCCCAUCCCUGCUGUUGUGCCGUUGCCAGCUCUGCCAGGACUUUACCUGUGCCACAGAUCCCUUGCCCUCGCUGCUGCUGAGCCCUCGCCGCUGGCAUGGCAGUGUGAGCACAGCUGUGGGCAAGGGUGCAAUUGUAGUUACAGGGCUGGCAGCAGGGAGGGAGCCUGGAUCUACAGGGUGAGGGGGCUGGCGGGGCAUUUUGCCUGCACUGUGAAGGCACCCCAGGCUGUUCCUGGUCUUAUGUGAUGGUACAAGUGCUCGAUGGAUGGGGAGGGGGUGUCAGCACUGUCCCCAUCAAUGUGGCCUUGGUCAGACCACACCUGGAAUACUGUGUCCAGUUCUGGAUGCCACAGUUUAAGAAGGAUAUUGACAAGCUGGAAAUGAGGGAAGAAGAUCACAGGUCUGGAAACCAAGCCUUAUGAGGAACGGUGGAAGGAGCUGAGUAUGUUUAGCCUGGAGAAGAGGAGACUGAGAGGAGAUAGGAUACCCAUUUUCAAAUACAGUGGUACCUCGGGUUAAGUACUUAAUUCUUUCUGGAGGUCCGUUCUUAACCUGAAACUGUUCUUAACCUGAAGCACUACUUUAGCUAAUGGGGCCUCCUGCUGCCGCCACGCCGCAGAGCACGAUUUCUGUUCUCAUCCUGAAGCAAAGUUCGUAACCUGAAGCACUAUUUCUGGGUUAGCGGAGUCUGUAACCUGAAGCGUACGUAACCCGAGGUACCACUGUAUAUCAAGGGCUUUCACGUGGAAGAGGGAACAAGCUUGUUUUCUCCUACUCUGGAGGGUAGGACUCAAACCAAUGGCUUCAAGAUUUCAACGAAACAUCAGGACAGUAAGAGCUGUUUGACAGUGGAACAGGCUCCCUUGGGAGGUAGUGGACUCUCCUUCACUGGAUUUUUUUAUGCAAUAAAAAAAUUUUUAAGCACCUGUCCUGGGUGCUUUAGUUGAGAUUCCUGCUUUGUAAGGGGUUGGACUAGAUGACCCUAUAUGAUCCUGUGUUUUCAGAGUACCACGCCCUCCAUCCUUGAUGUUGCGUCCUAGUGCUCGGAAAUGGGUCUCCUUGCCUCUUGGGUGCCUUCAUGUUGCAGCUGCUACAGUCAGCCAGAGGCUUCUCAUGGCGUGGGGUGCCAUUCACAGGCUUCUGUGUCAAAUGGGGCUUAGGAAACCAGCAGUUGAUGUGCCAGCUUGCAGCUUGUCAUUAGAAUUGGCACUGGAGGGAAGGUUAUCAAAUGACGUUUCUUCUGCCCCCAAAUGCGUGGUGAAGAAUCUUCACUGGAUGUUUUUAGUUCUAGUUACAUUUCAGUGGUUAAUCCACACUUUCCCGUGCACUGUGAAAUCCAUGCUUUGCUUAGGCUUGUGUGCAAGGGAUGUCUAAAUCCCUUCCGAUUGGCUCCAAAGUCCGGAACGUCCUGUGGGUGGGGCGGCCGGGUUGGCGCUUGACCUGUUUGAUCCCAUUUUGGAGUUCUGAGAUUCCAAUCUUGGUGUCCCAAUUAAAAAUAGAUUUAUUGGAAGAAUCUAUUAGCAUUGGUGGCAUCAGUUUCUAAAUAAGCUCGCCCACCUGUCAUGAGAGCCGAGCAGACUGGUAACUGGGGAGUUGGCCUGGAUAGGGAGGCUGUUUCACUGGGGAAAGCUGUGCUUUGAGUCGGGUGGCCAAGGGGUGGAAGAAGGAGAAGGAGAAGGAGAAGAGGAGGAGGAGGAGGAGUUUGGAUUUGAUAUCCCGCUUUAUCACUACCCAAAGGUGUCUCAAAGCGGCUAACAUCCUCCUUUCCCAUCCUCCCCACAACAAACACUCUGUGAGGUGAGUGGGGCUGAGAGACUUCAGAGAAGUGUGACUGGCCCAAGGUCACCCAGCAGCUGCAUGUGGAGGAGCGGGGACGCGAACCCGGUUCACCAGAUUACCAGUCCACCCCUCUUAACCACUACACCACACUGGCACUCUGGACUGGGAGUCCGGCACAAUUCUCCUUAAAAGGGAAGGAUUUCGCAAAGAUAGGAAUAUAGGAAGCUGCCUUAUUCCAAGUCAUGCCAGUGAUUCAUCAGAUUUGUCUUAUACCCAUGGUUCCCAUGUGAGCAGUACUGACCCACAGGGAUCACCCAGAGAGGCAUGAAAAAGCAAGCGGGUAACGGGGGGGCUCUGAAGGUGUGACCCUCUGAGUGCAUUGUUCACUUUUUUACAAUUGACCAAGCCAGAGCCUAGAGCGAAACACCUCCCUUGCUUCAUAUUUAAAGUUUUAGUGCUGUUGGCAAUAUCCAAGCUACAGUAUUUCCUUUGGUCACAUUUGUUUCCAUUCACAAUUCUGAGUUUGUUGCUACUCACAGCGAGGUCACAAGAUAGGGUAGUGGAGGAAGAACUAAUUGAGCUACAAAAUGACAUUGAGCUGAAGCCAAGGUUUAAGAGUUUUGGUUGCAGAAGGGGAAUUUCUGAAUGCUAUCCUGCACUAUGGUCGGUGGUUAAGAAGCUCCUUGUUGCAUUUCCAACAUCAUAUUUGAUGAAAUGUGGUUUUUGUGUGGUCAUCCGACUUGUCUUCAAGCAAAGAAAUCAGCUGCCAAUUACUAAACAUGGUGAUUUAAGACUCCUGCUAAGUUACUUUAAACCAGACGUAGGGAAAACCUUUAUCACUUCAGCAAGCCAACCUUGGACAUUAAGAAUUUACUGAAGUAGUUCCUAAAUGUGGUAUCUAAGAUUCUUGCUAAAUAACUAUCCGACUUGGAAAUGCUGGUAUCAAUUGAUCAAGUUCAUCAGUUUUGUUGAAUUAAGUAAGCCAAAUACUUUCAACUGGAUUUUAAAUAAAUGUGCAAUUAAUUGCUAUUGUUCUGAAUGGUAUUGUGUUAUUAUCUUCUUAAUGGGUUGUGCCAAACACUAUUAUGAAUGUUGUUUUUAUAGAGAAGGGCAGGAACUGUUUAUGGAACCAAGGGUGACGGGGUUGCCAUUAACAGUUUGGGAACCACUAAAUGACAGCGGCUUUUCAAGAUUUCGGGCAGGAAGCAUUCUUACCCCUACCUGUUGAUGCUGGAGAUUGAAGCUCUGCCACUGAGCUGCAGCCAGAAGAUGCAGAGGGGGAGAAUAGAUAGGUGCAGGUGAAACAGUAUUGGCAAUGUCUGAACAAGCAGAGGCCAAGGAGUUAGCUGUAAAUUUAAACCAGCAUCAUACCACUCUAAACAGCCAUGGCUUCCCCCUAUAUAGAAUCCUGGGAACUGUAGUUUGCUAAAGAUGUUUAGAGUUGUUGUGAAGCCCCUGUUCCCCUCACAAGAGUGACAAUUCCCAGAGUGGUUUAACAAUCAGUCCUCUUCCCCAGAAAACUCUUGAGAACUGGGAAGGGGGAAUAGUGCCCUGCUAACAACUCUCAGCAUAAGAUAGUCCAGAGAAUUGCAGAGCUGAGGCUCGUAUCCGUGAGCUCAGCUUCCGUUUCCAGCAACCCCUCACUCUUCUUCUCACUUUCCUCUUCCUACAUUGUGGAAUUCCUGCUUCUCUCUCCGCCACACUCUUAAAAAACUGUUGUUUCUUCUCCAGGCUUGCAGAUCGACUCUUUGCAAACGGCGUAGAACACAUCACUCAUUUUCUUUCCUUCGGCAUAAAAAACAAGUCUAAGCAAGACUGUUCCAACAUGUGUGCCUGGAAAUUUCCACAGAGACUAACUCGUUGUCUUGCCUCAUGGCUUUGGCUCAGCAGUUUCCCUGGGAAGGUGGGAGCCUGUCUGGAUUUGCAGGGGCAGCGUGCAGGCUGACGCUCCUCCUGCAGUUCUUCUGCAAACUGCCACUCCGCUAUAUUUCUGGAAUGAGAGAGAUUCUUAGCACAAAGAGCCUGAAAAGAGCAGUAUUUGAAUUGGGGUGGGGAAUCCUGUCUUGGUAAUGUAAGGCAGCGCUGCUUCUCUGAGAUGAAUGGAAGCUCUUGCCGUUAGUCAGAGACUGGUGUUAGGACCGGAGUCCUGUGCAUUAUCAGCCCAGAUAAUGGGGGCACCUAAUAGUUCAGGCGCUUAUAAGAAUGGAGGCCCUGUUGUAAUGCUGUAGAAUUUCAAAGGAAAUUCACUGAACCUAUUAGGAAAGACCAAACAUUUGCUAUGAUGGUGGUCCUAUAUGGAAAGACCAAAGGUUCGCCCACACAUAGCUUUGGCGGUGAUGGUUCCUAAAACCAAGGGGAGAGGAGGGAGGGAGAACCAACUGAUGAAAAGCUCCCUUGGCUGGAGGCUAUUAUUAACUUUCUGCAUAGCAGCCUUUUGCAGGUUCGUUGUCACUUGUCGGAAGGCAGGACACAUUUUGAAAGGAACUCUGCUAAUAUUAACUCCCCAACCCCAAUAUCAUUUCAAGGCUGGCUCUUCAAAGUAGUCCCCCCCCCCCCCGGUACAUUAUGAAAAGAAAAUAUUUAUGUAUUUAUGCUUUCUGAGUUGUCAGCAACUCUCCCUAUACAGUUCUUUUUUCUUUUCUUUUUUACAAUCAGCAUUUUUCUCUUUUGGAAAGGUCAUCCAGGCCGGCAUAUUUAUUCACACUUCCCUGAGGACUUGAAACUUAUCUUCCCCGUUUUGGAAAAUCUAGUUUGUUUUGCUGGACCAAGCAAAGCUCAAGCCAAAUCCUUCAUCUUCCAUAGGAGUUGCCAUUGACUCCCAAGUGCAAGCAGGUAGUGGUGUUCAGCAUUUCAGUUAUUUGUACAUACAUAGCAUAAUUUUUGUACCACGCCCUUUCUGGGAUAGAAUCACAGAUGGCCUAAAAAUACUUUUAAAAAUUAAAAUAAAGCAGCUGCACAAAUAACCAUAGUUAAAACAUAUCAGAUGCCGUCGAACAAUCUCAUAGCAGCAGCAGCAGCAGCAGCAGUAGCAGAAACUAUACUGGAACUGCCGACGUUCUGUUUGGUAGACAGGAGCUGGCUUCUCUCUCUCUUAGGAACAUAACGUGAGGUUGGCUGCUAGAACAGACCAAUGGCCCAUUUAGUCCAGCACCCUGUUCUCAGAGGCCAACCAGAUGCCCCAAUGGGAAACCCACAAGCAGGACCUGAGAGCAUGGGCCGUCUCCUCUCCUGUGGUUUCCAGCAAUUAGUAUUCAGAAGCAUUGCUGUCUCCAGCUAUGGAGGCAGAGCAUAGCCAUUGUGGCUAGCAGCAGCCUUUGAUAGCCGUCUCCUCUGGGAAUUUGCCCAAUCCUCUUUCAAAGCCGUCCAAAUUGGUGGCCAUUGCUGCCUCCUGCAGGAGUGAGUUCCAUAGUUUAACUGUGAGUUGCAUGAUGAAGUCCUUUCUUUUAUCCUUUCUGAAUCUUCAGCUUCACUGGAUGUCUCUGAGUUCUGGUGUUGUUUGGGGGCAGAGGAACCUUGCCUUCCUCCACUUUCUCCAUGCUGUGCAUAAUUUUACAAACUUCUGCCGUGUCUCCUCUUCUCCAAUGAACAAGUCCCAGUCGCUGUAACCUUUCUUCGUAGGGGAGUGACUUCAUCUCCUGGAUCAUUUAGGUCUCCCUUUUCUGAACUUCCUUCUCCUUCUGCAUGCCUCCUGCCACAGAUAUCUGCCUGCGGCUCUGCGGUUUGAGCCUCGCCCACGACAAUCUGAGCUCCAAAGGGCUUGUUCUCAGCAAGCGGUUAAACUUUAAACUGCUAAAUUUUAAUGCUCCCAGAUUCUUUUCAGCUGCACAGAGGAGCUGUUCCUGCAAAGUCUGGGUGUGUCAGCGCGUUGGAGCUCAGCUUACUCCAAGUUCUGUGCACCUAGUCAUGGCUGUGCUAAUGUAGAGUUCAUGACUAAAUCCUCCUUUUAACCAGUUGGCAGCUGAUCAAGACUCCUCUCUCUCUGUGUGUGUAUGUGUGUGUCUGUGUCCCAACCCUUGCUUCAUUUCAAAGUUAUUUCUGGAAGUAGUCCUUCGGCGUUUGCAUAACUCCAUGUGUGUUGCUCAUGGGCAUAUUUGCUAAAUGGCGAGGCAAGCCUCUUUACUAACUUUCUUAGCUGGAGGAGUUUUAAUUAAAAAGCUGCACACAGUGAUGGAUAUGGUGCAUGCACGAUGGAUAAACUCUUGUAUAAUUUCUGAGAAGUUUUCGGGCUCUCCUGCCAACAGGCGCAUUUAUAAUUUCCCUCUUUCUUUCUUUUUUGCCCAAAGUAAUAUUUAUGUGAUCAAGAUUACGGAUGGAGACGUCACCUUGUCUGUUCCAGCACAUAUUUUUGCAUGUAUUUUUGUUAGGCUAAUGAUGCUCUUACGGGGGUCUAUAGAGCGGUCGUUAGGCAUUGGUUUCUGACGAGCUUGCAAUCCCCUCCAAGCUUGCAAAUCGAUGAGCACUAAAUACAAUGCAACACUUUGCCUCCUCCAGGGGAAAAGGGCAGCAGGCUUAGAAGUGAUCAGGUUAGCUCUUUUUCUUUUUUGCCAGUAAGCAGUGGUAGUCAGGAGCAGGGUGCCAGUUGUUCUGGGAAGAGGCAUCGUACUGUGAACAAGUGUGUUGGCACAAGCUCUCGAGUUCUUCCUCCCCUCUGCAUCAUUUAAUAUAGAUAAUCCACAAGAUGAAUAAAACUACCUUCUUUCAUUGACAGAAAACCUACCUUAGCUUGGCACUGAUCUUGGCGGAUGCAAGUGGGGGCACGUCUGGAUUUUGCUUUUUCUCCACCAUUUUGCCAGUCCUAAGUUCAGUUCUCCAUACUGCCACAUCAGUUUGCAUUAAAAAAAACACACACAAAAAUUCAUCAGUGCCAAUUUCCCCGAGUAGAAUUUCCCUAUCAACAUUUCAGUGCAGAUUAUCCAAAUAAUUUUUUUACAUUCAGUUUUGCCUAAUAUUCACAUUUCCACCCAAACAUUUUUGCAUGUUAUUUUCACUAAUAUUUGCAUUUUGUGCGCAGUUUCCCCCCAAUUUAUUUGCAUCUUUGAACUAUAUUGAAUAAAAAUUGAAAGUGUGACUUCUGAAGGAUGGCUGUGUUUAUGUUUGCAUAGUUUCAGAAAAUGUGAAUGCAGACUGAAUCUGGGUUUUUUUCUCCCAUCUCUACAAUGUAACAGAAGCAUUCAUUGACAAAUCACACUCAAUCUCUCUCAAGUGGAGUUCCCACAGGUGUCAGAGAUGCUGGAGAAGGGCCAUACAGUAGCACAGAGCAUCUGCUUUGCAUGCAGAAUGUCCCCAGUGUCUCCAGGUAGGGCUGGGAGAGCCCUUGCCUAAAACUCUGGAGCGCUGCUGCCAGUCAGUGUAGACAGUACUGAGCUAGAUGGACUAGUGGCCUGACUCAGUAAAAAACAGCCUCCUGCGUUCUACAUUAGCCUCGGCACCUUAACCUACGUGAACUCUUGCCUACUGUAUCAUUUACGGAAUUUCUGUACAGUGGUACCUCUGGUUACAUACGCUUCAGGUUACAUACUCCGCUAACCCAGAAAUAGUGCUUCAGGUUAAGAACUUUGCUUCAGGAUGAGAACAGAAAUUGUGCUCCGGUGGUGCGGCGGCAGCAGGAGGCCCCAUUAACUAAAGUGGUGCUUCAGGUUAAGAACAGUUUCAGGUUAAGAAAGGACCUCCGGAACGAUCAUGAUUUUAUUGCAAUGAUUUAAAAUGGUUAGGAGGUUGGGAAGGCACUCACACCAAAAAAUUACGGCGGAUGCCCAUACCUUUCUCCACCCUUGAGGUGUGUGGAUACUCAGUGGUCAUCCAGGAGUAACUGAAUGCCUACCAUCUGUUUCAGCACCUUGCCCUAAAAAGAGGAUAUUGGGAUCCUCGCGAAAUCUUCUGGGUCUAGAGAUGGUUUUUUCAAGGUAUGGCCUCCCAGCGCCCCCUGCUUCAAGGUACCUGGGACCCCACCAUCCCUCCCAUUUUAGCAGAGACUCCUGGACCAGAUCUUAUCCCACUCCAUCCCUGCCCAGCGAAAUAAAGCAAGCCACGAUUUACAAGGUUCUUUAUAUUGGCUGUAAAUAUGUAUUUAGAAUUCUGAAACAGCUACAGUAUUUAAAAAGAUCUGUGGGCUAUGCUGCCUGGCAAAGAGAGACAGCUUUUGGAUGCUCUGCCUUAUUACUAAUUUCUGGAUGUAUUGGCCUAUAACGGAUAGUGGUAAUUAUUUGCAAGUUCCAGCGGUAUGAAUUAUAGCAGCUCUUUUUAUUAAAAUGACACUUCAGUCAUGAAAAAUAAUCAUUCCAUUGCUGGUGGAAAAUUGGGAACGCUUUUAAUUGUUCCCGAAACCUCUGCGAUUACUGCAGAAGCAAAUCUCACCGUAAUGUAAAAAUCAAUAAAAAUAAUGCAAUUUGUAUCUGAGCGGAGUGCUUUAAGAAUUCUUGAUGCGCAGAGCACUUACACACGAUCUAGCAGCCACGGGGCUCUGAAUUAAGCGAAAUCCAUGGGCUUUGGAGGAAAAGGGGACCUGAAAUGUAUCAAUUCUUACAGCAGUUAUCUUUCUCAUGCCUCUUAUCCCCCCCCCGCCAAAAAAAUACUUUAAAAAAAAAAACACCUCCCAGUGUGCAAACAGUGUAAAGAAGUCUGCAGAAAGAGAUAAUUAAAUGCAUUGGCAUGAAACCGUGGAUUAUUUUUCUUUUAAAAGAUUGGCUUGCUUAGGCUUCGUAACUCUUCCUUCUCCAAAAUCCUCACGACGGGUAACAGUGCCUAAAAGGAGGUUUUAAAACAUCAGAUUUGAAAAUUAACCAGACCGUAAUAACAAAUUGACCGGGUGGUUUUAGCUCACCCGCUAAAAGUAUUUUGGAGAGGAUGUUACAAAUGCUUCUCCUACAGUAUAUUCUCAGGGAUGCUUACAGCCCUGUAAUGUAGCCUAAUAUUAUCCCCAUCCUUCAGGGUGGCAGGAGGAUGCAGUUGGGAGGCAAGCCCUGUUCAAAUGACCACACCUUCCCUCUAACCCCUAUGGGGUGGGACACAAGAUUGCCCCCAUCAGUGCAAUGUCAGAAAGUGUAGAGCUGCUUGUGUGUAGUGCCUCCCCAUUUUCUGAAAUUGUACCAAAUGUGCAGGUGUUGUGAAUGGGCCUGAAAGGUGCCGCCUUGCUUCCCUCUCCCCCCCCCCUUCACCGACUACAUGCAAGCAGUCCUUGGCUGCAUCAAUGGCAGUCUAGUGUCCAGAUCAAGGGAAGUAAUGGUUUCACUCUAUUCCACCUUGGUUGGACUACAUCUGGAAUGCGUGCUGCAGUUUAUUGAGAAGCUGGAACGUGCGCAGAGAAGGCUGACUAUAAAAGGGGUCUGGAAGGCAAGCCUUUCUGACGGUAAGACCUGUUCCCUUGGAAGGUGGUGGAUUCCUCUCCAUUGGCAGUUUCUAAACAGAGAUUGGCUGGUCAUCUAUCAGGGCUUCUUUAGUUGUGAUUCCUGCAUUGCAGGGGGUUGGACUAGAUGGACUUUUCUGGUCCCUUCUACUCAACAAUCCUAUGAUUCUGUGCUUUGUCUCCAAAGCCACUCACAGACUGCUGGUGCUGGCAAAGGGAUCUGAUUGUGAUUUUAUUGGUAUAGCACACAGGUGAUUUCAGGAAGUAUCCAGCAAAGUACAACCGUACCUUGGUUCUCAAAUUUAAUCCGUUCCGGAAGUCAAUUCGACUUCUGAAAUGUUCGAAAACCAAGGUGUGGCUUCUGAUUGGCUGCAGGAGCUUCCUGCACUCAAACAGGAUCUGCGUCAGACGUUCAGCUUCCGAAAAACGUUCAAAAACUAGAACACUUACCUCUGGGUUUUUGGCAUUUGAGAACCAAGGUCCGACUGUACCUCUGUUAGGACAAACAUUUUUGUUUAUAUAGUGGAAUUGCCUCUCCUCUCCCUGUGUGCCCUUCCUCAGAUUUGUUGGUGGGACAACCUAGCACAGAUUUUGAGGUUGUGCAGCAAGAAAGAAGGGGGCAUUCCUUUGUGCUAACAGAACUGCUUCUGUGGGAUCCUGCCCUUCUUAAUCUCCACUUUAUUAUUUUAUUACUUAAUGCAUUGAUAUCCCACCACUGUCUCCAAGGAGCUCAAGGCUGUGUGCAUGGUUCUCCCCCUCCUCAUUUAAUCCCCACGACAACCCUGUGAGGUCGGUCGACUGAGAGGCAGUGAAUGACCUAGGGUCACCCAGUGAGCUUUGUGGCCAAGGGGGGAUUUGAACCUUGGUCUCUCCCUGGUCUUGGUCCAGCCCUCUAAUCGCUACAACACAGUGGCUCUCACGCUUGCACAGCUGUGGGUGGGGAGGUACUGUGCCUUGAUGGCAGAGUACAGGAUUUGUACAGAGAAUGUUCCAGGCAAAAUUGUCUACAUUGCUAGCGGGGGAAGACUGUGCUCAAGACCCUGGGAGAGAGCCGAUCCUGUUCUGACUCAGGAGGGAUUUGCAUGUGAAAGGUCUGAAGCUUGCUCCACAGCAUCUCCAGGCAGACCUGCCAAAGCCCCUUUUCUGAAACCCUGAAGAGCAGCCACCACUCAGUGUAGACCAUGGGUAGGCAAACUAAGGCCUGGGGGCCAGAUUCGGCCCAAUUGCCUUCUAAAUCCAGCCCGCGGACGGUCUGAGAAUCAGCAUGUUUUUACAUGAGUAGAAUGUGUGCUUUUAUUUAAAAUGCAUCUCUGGGUUAUUUGUGGAGCGUAGGAAUUCAUUUUUUUCUCCAAAAUAUAAUCUGCCUCCCACAAUGUCUGAGGGACAGUGAACCGGCCCCCUGCUGAAAACGUUUGCUGACCCCUGGUGUAGACAGUACUGAGCUAGGUGAACAGAGAUUCAGUAGAAGGCAGCUUCAUCUGAAUGUCAUUUUUCAGCGGAUUUCAGAGCAGCCCUUAACGCUGGAGGUUUGCAGGACCAGCUGCUCUUCAAGGAGUUUGUCUCCCCAUCUCUCUCCAAUGGCAAUGGAGAUUUCCACAAUGGAGGUGACUCCACCCUGUAGUUGACUCAUUCUUAGGAGGCUUCUGUAACCUCAGGCACAGGGGGCUGGUUAUUGAUUGCUUUUGAUGCCUGUCUCUCCCGCCCCCCCCCCAAACUCAAAUGCAGCAGGACGUGCUGCAGUAUCACAGCUGAGCAUCUUUUGAGCAGCCUGUAAACAAGCCUUUUGUUUCCAGAGAUUUCCAGGCAACUUCAAGGUUAAGAUAUUGAGCUGCUAAGUAACUCCCACACAUUCGAUAAAUGCCACCUGUAAUAUUCCUGGAGGCAGGCUGGAAUCUCCGGUAAUGUAUUCAUUUCCCUUUCUUUCUGUUUAAGUGACAGCUGUCAUUGCAGGGUGCGUGUGCCCAUCCCAAGCAAGCCCAUUCGUUGAGGUUACCUGAGGCCACGAUGCUAAUCCCCCCCCCUCCUCCAGCGGCUGGCUGUUGCUCCUUGAGUAAUUCUUGGUGCUUUGGCAGCUGCUGCAGAGAGAACAUGGUGGCCUUAUUGUUUGCAAGUGACUAGAUGUGCAUGGAGGUGUUUAGAGCAUGGGGUGAGCUUAACCAGAAUGUAAGAAGAGCCCUGCUGGGUCAGGCCAGUAGCCCAUCUAGUCCAGCAUCAUAUUGGCCAACCAGAUGCCCCAAUGGGAAGCCCACAAGCAGGAUUCGAGCACAAGAGCCCUCUCCCCUCCUUUUGGUUUCCAGCAACUGGUAUUCAGGGGCGUUGCUGCCUCCCAGCUGUGGAGGCAGAGCAUAGCCAUCCUGGCUAGUAGCCAUUGAUUGCCUUCUCCCCCUGAAUUUACUCAAUCCUCUUUUAGAGCCAGCCAAGUUGGUGGUCCCUGUGCGAGUGAGUUCCAUCAUUUAACUCUAUACUACAUGAAGGGCUUUCUCUUUUUUGAUCUGUCCUGAAUCUUCAUUCAGCUUCAUUGGAUAUCCACAAGUUCCAGCGUUAUGAGAGGAGAAAAUCUUUUCUCUAUCCACUUUCUCUGUGCAGUGCAUAUUUUUAAUAAAUUUCUUGCAUGUUGCCUCUUGCCCUUUUUGCAUGCAAAAAGUCCCCAGCGCUGCAACCUUUCUUCACAGGGAAGUUGCUCCACCCCCUUGAUCGUGUUGGCUGCCCUUUCCUGAACCUUUUCCAACUCUACAAUAUCCUUUUUGAGGUGUGGCGAAAGGAAUUUCUCCCAUCAGCUGUUUAGAUAAACCUGGAAUGAAGCCAGCUGAAGAGGUACCUACAUCAAUGUGUAAUGCCCUCGAGAUGUUUUGGUUUACCAUUCCUGUCACCCCAGCUGCCCCACGGGUUGGGGGGCUUGCAUCUGAGCUCCCUCAAUGGGCCAUUUUGGCAGGCGAAUGGAACACCCUACUCCUCAGUCACAUGAUGUCAUGGCGACGCCCCCUUGGGUUCCCCCUUGAAAGGCAGGUGACAUGGUAUACAUUGAAGAAAGCACAGAAUAAGCGUUAUAAAUAGCAAUAAUAGGUGCAGCUUUGCACCCCUUGGAGGGCAGUUAAUGAGGUUUACCAAGGCGGCUGUUUGGGGACUUGCGCCUGGUCUAUAAAUAGGGGUGCAGUGAAGCUGACGAAACAGUGCUAAGGUCUUUCAUCUGUUGCGGAGACUUCCUUCAUCAAUCUCCGAAGCAACAAUGUGGUGCUUUGCUGGCUUCAAGGGGGCCUCGUAAUGCAUUUGCAAGCAGCUGGCAGAGUUUGGCGUUCUUGUUUGUGCCAUUAGCAAAAGGGGGUGGGGGGCUUAAUAGUCUAAUCCAUCUGGAGAGCAAGUAGAUUUAUUAGGCUCCACACUAAAUGGGCUCAUAAUUACGACAGCCAUUUCCGCUCACUCCCAUUUCCCACCCCCACCCCCCCAGUACACAAACCAACGUGGUUCAGAAUCUCACAGUAAGGAGAAAAUUGCACAUACUUUGCAAUUUUGACAAGGAUUAGAACCUCCAGCCACUUUUUAUAUGAUUUGGCAUUUUUUUUUAAUGACACAUACAACAGAGCCAUCAUUUUCAAGACAGCCCUGGCAAAUCUGGAACCAUAUUUGCUAACCAGAUAACACUUAUACAGUAUUCUUUACUUGAACUUUGUUCUUUUAACCUAUGUGCAACUGUACUCAUUCUGUGCGCUUAUAGUUUUGUUUUUCAUAUUUUAAUUUUCACCUGUUGUUAUCCCUGUCCUCUUCUGUUUUCUAUACCUUAUAAAACGAAAUAAGAAAAACUUACAAACAUAAAUAAAUAAAUCUCACAGCAUGUUAGAUAGGCAGCGACUGAGUUCAAAGAAAUUCUCCCAUUUGUCUGAAUACUUUGUGGCUCUGUCUGCACAGAGGUCCAGUGUUUUGAGUUGGGCACCCCCGAUUUGCACUUUGUGUUUCUCAAGGUGACUGGACUCUAGCUGUGGUGGUUUGGAAUUGUUCACGUUCAGUUUUAGCAAUAGCUCAAACCACCCCUUGAGAUCUAGACUCUGGGAAAAGAGCAUUUCAAUAGCAUUGCAGAUUUUUUAUUUUUUUUAAAGAUGCCUCAGACGGGAGUUGGCAACAUUUCACUGGCCCUGAAUUUAUACACCUCAGGCCUAAUGUCUGUUGGAGUGCGAUCUUAGUGCAGUGUUAAUGUGUCCCAUGCUGGCUCUGUGUAUGUGAAUGAAUGAAUGGGCUCGAAAUGGGCAUUCAGCAGAGUGCUCUGACAGAGCAGGUGGAGGUUUGCCAGAGGAGCAAAAUGGGUCUACCUGGGAGGAGGGAAUUUUUCGCUGUGGAAAAGGGUUGGGCAGUUUUGCAUCUUACGCAAGGGCUCCGUUCCCAGGGUUCUGCAUAUAUGUAAAAAUUAGUAUAAUCAAACCGCUCCUGGGAAGCAUCCCUCGCCUUCUGGAGCCAGCCACUGAGUGGGCCUUGCCCCCCCCCCCCAAGCAAGGCAGAGAGUUUAAAAGCUCCCUUUUUCUUUCUUUUUUUGCACUGGGUAGCCCUGGCACAAAAAUAGCUUUUAAGCUUUCUGCCUCGCUUGCAUUUAACUUGCAGAAUUUCAGCCAGCCUUCCACCACAUGUGGUUGAAAGUGCGCAAGUUAAAUGCAUGUUAGAGGCGAUCGUACUGUACUCUGUUUCUGGCAAAGCAGUCUCAGUUCAGUCUUAGAUCUAUGGUCCCGUUUGCCAACCUUCUGCUGCCCAGAUGUUUAGGACUACAACUCCUAGCAGCGCAAGCAUCAACAGAGUGUGCUGGCUGGGGCGGGGGAGCUGAUGAGAGUUGCAGUCCAAAACAUCUGGAGGGCACCAGGUUGGGAAAGUGGCAUGUUCCAGUUCAGUUUUCUGAGGUUAGUCCUUCCACACUGAGUGCCAGGCACACCAGCCCUGGUCACAUUUCUCUUCCUGCAGCCCCUUCUGUGCCCAUCAGUCUGUCCCCACAGCUUGCGAAAAGAGACCAGAGAUGUUGGUCUUCUUGGGUUUCCUAGCCUUUAGCAGAGGCAGCCAUUAGGUUUGGAGAAAGCAAAGAUUUUUCUGACAAAUCAGCAUAUGACUUUAGGAAGCUGUGUGUAUGGCUAGGUCACCAACAACUGAGUCUGGGUACACAGCAAAAAACAACAACACAACCGCACACGCACACCAAAGGAAGAAGCCUGAAUAAAUGUCUCGCCUGCUGCUUGUUGAUAACUUGUGAUGUGUGGACUCAGUAUUGAAAUUCACAAUGAUUUCUAUUAAGGGAAAAAAAUUCAAUAUUUGGUAGAGAUCUGCUGAUGUUUCACUUUUAAAUUAGGUGCUCGAAGGGACCUCUUGCUAACGACUGCGUUGGAUUGCCAUCACAAAAUUGCAGAACCAUUCCUGGGCACUCUGUCAUUCUGCUAAACAACUUAUGGGUGUUUCUUUCAAAUGCUACACAGAUGGAAUAUGGCUAACAGCCGUAAUUAAAUAGUAAAUCUGUUCUAAAGAGUCAGCCAGCACAGAAAGCCCCUACGUAGAUUCAAUUAUCGUAACUCUGUUCAUUUGUAUUUGUAUGGUAUUAUAACUUUUUUUCUUCCUCCACUGCACAAAGAAAAUCAGUGCAUUGUUUAAAAUUCUGCUCUGGGUCUUUAUCAAGUCAAGAUGCAUUUAAAAUGCUAGCUGCAGAAAGAUUAAAAGGCAGAUUAAUUGUAAAUAAGCCAUUAAUUAGGCAUUUGCAUUCAAAUCAGCGUUUUUUCCUUUCCAGAGAGAAACAGCUGAACACUAUUUGGAUAUUUUAAUGCCCCAGGAGUUCAUGCGAAAUCAUUGCAUAAUCUUGCCUCCUGUCUUAAGCUCUGGGCAAAGCUGCCCCAAGACACUUUGGUACCUGAGGAGGACCGCAAAAUAGUGCCCCCCUCCCUACCAGGGAAGAAGGAGGCAGGGAAGAGCUACAUCAGGAACAAGGGGACAGAAAAAUCUGCUCCUGGGGACGUUGGUCUCACCUUGCCUCAUGGGUGGGUUGGUCCCUGCCCUGGGGCACUGCUUCCAGUUAGUGUGAACCAGGUGUGGUGAAUGCUUGGCCUGCCUGAUGCUGCUGAAUUACAAUUCCUAUCAGCCACACCAAAUGUGGCCAGGGAUGAUGGGUUUUGUAAUGCAGCAACCCCCGGGAAGCCAAAGAUUUCCCACCCCUGGUGUAGACAGUUCUACUGAGCUAGCAUUUCUUUAUUGCAUUUAUAUCCCACCAUUUCCUCCAAGGAUCUCAAAGGUGGUGUACAAGUUUCCCCACUUCUCAUGUAGUCCCCACAACAACCCUGUGAGGUAGGUUGAGAUAGCAGUGACCAACCUGGGAUCACCAGUUGAGCUUCGUGGCCAAGUGGGGAUUUGAACCCUGAUCUCCCAAGUCCUGGUGCAACACUCUAAUCAUGAUGUUGCAUUGGCUCUCUACGUGUGAAAACACAGACACGCGCACACACACACACACACACACACACACACACACGGGAAAAGGACAGGGAGGGAAGAGGAAAAAUGCAAACUCGGACACCCAUUCUUAAACAGCUAUUCUUACAAUGACCAGCUGGCACAGUUCAGGGGUAGGAGGUGCCUGAUGGAGCUGGGCUUUCGGCAGAGCUGAUGGAAGGGGCCCUGCAUUGUGGUUCUUCCAUGAUCCAGUUGGAAAUAACUUGGGAGCAUUUCUGUGUGCUGGGGUAAAAUGAGUCCCUUUGUGUACUCGUUUUUUUUUAAAGCAUCCAUGCAUGUGCGAGUCGCUUGGCGAAUCCCUUAAUACUCAGGCUUGCUGAGAGCAGUGCAGAUAUUGGGAGGAUGAGGAAGGAAAUGCUGCUUUGGACGGACCCUCCAAGUGCCAAUCUCCCAUUCCUAGGGCUUAUAAAAACACUUCUUCUGCAUGUAUCUCUCCUUUGCCAAGCCCCCGGCUUGGUGGCCUCUGUGUUCAUUUCAGAGCCAGAUUAGACUGGCCCAGAUUCUUGAGAGUAAACAAGGGCCUUAUCUAGGUGUAGCAGAAAUCCCUGAUCUUUGCAUUUAAAGGCUGGUUUUUCCCCCCUCCUUGCAUCCAAAAGAACAUUGUGGUGAGGUGCCUGCAGAAACAUAGACUCUUUUGGCUGUUCAUUUUGGAAACAUUCUUUAACGUCUCCCUUUAUUUUUAGCCUUAAGAAGCUGCUCUGGUGUUUUGCACCACUUGAAUUGCCUCCAGUGGAUCACUGAUAGGUAAAUAAGGGGAAUGGAAUCUUUUUGCCCGAUCCAUAUAGCACAAUGUGAUCUGUAGGGGAGCAGAAGAGCUUUACAAGGCGGGGAGCAACUAACCUUCAUUCUACUCACAGUAGGCCUAUUGAAGUUAACAGACCUAAGUUAGGAUCGAGACCCCAUCAGCAUGUAACACCUCUGUUCAGAGAUCUGCAGUGGUUACCUGUUUGCUACCAAGCCAUGUUCAGGGUGUUACUAUUAGUAUACAAAGCCCUUAACUUGGAGCCAAGAUCUCCUUACCCCAGAUGGGCUCACUUGACCACUCCGAUAUGGGGAACUCUCACAGUUCCGGGUACCUCAUAAUAUUGGUUCCGCAUUUGUAAGAAACCAAUUUUGUUAUUGUGGCAGCGCAAAGACCUUGGAACUCCCUGCUUGUUGACAUCAAGCAAGUGUCUUCAUUGCACUCUUUCAGGAAAAACAACAAGUCUGCAAGUUGAUUUUGCAAAUGGAGGCUCUGGUUCGGCUAUAACCAGGCACAUCGCCCAAAGCCAAGUAUCUCUAUUUCUAAGUUAAUUUCUGGUAAAUUCAGCAUAAAAAACCCCAGAACCCUUGCACAGCUUUUGCUGACCAAACACCUUUGCCUACGAUUCUGGCAUGGCUGUGACGCACACACAACCCUGUGAUGAACUCAUAAAUUCAGCUCCCUCGCUCUCUGUCUCUGAUAUAUGCUAAGGAGGGCAAUUGCCUCCUUCUUUGAAGUGCUAAUGUAAUUCUGACAGUGGCCGCACAUUGUACAAGCUGUUCACCAUCUCAUUUGCCAUUAAGGAUGCAGGUGAAUGAGCCCUAAAAAAGAAAGGGAAAAAGCAGGGUGAAUUGUCACUGGCGUGGGAUGGUGGCAGUAAGCCUGGAGAUGUUGUAUCUGGAACUAGAUGAGAGCAGAAAGCCAGCUGCAGCAGUGAAUCACAGAGGUGUGGUAGGGGCUCCUCUCCCUCCCUGUGCCCCGUGCCCCUGUGUUGCAGUGGCCUUGUACCUGCAGGUCCAUUGACUAGUGUCUCCUACUCUGAAGGGCAGCACCUGUCCUGCAUUUCAGACAGGAAGUCUUUCCCAGCUGCACCUUGAGAUGAUGGAAGCUGAACCUGGGACCUUGUGUAUGCCGCUACCCAGUGAUGACCCUUCCUGCCAAAGAAGUCCUAGUUCUUCUCCUUCUUGUGGUUCAUUUAUGUAGCACCAUCCAUGCACAUUACUCUGUACGCAAUUAGAAUAAGACAUUCUAUCCUAAAGGGCAUGCAGUCUGCAUAAGAACCUAAGAAGAGCCUGCUGGAUCAGGCCAAUAGCCCAUCUAGGCCAGCAUCCUAUUCUUGCAGGGGCCAACCAGAGGCCUCAAUGGCAAGUCUGCAAGCCCUCUCCCCUCCUGCGGUUUCCAGCAACUGGCGUUCAAAAGCAUUUAUGGCUCCAACUGUGGAGGAAGAAGGUAUCCAUCAGUAGCCCCCUCUGCCAUUUGUAUAACCCUCCUUUAAAGCCAUCUAGCUUGGUGGCCAUCACUGCCUCCUGUGGGAGUGAGUUCCAUAGGUUAGCUACGUGCUGUGUGAAGAUGGGCUUUCUUGUUUAUCAGUCUCGGAACAGGGGUCAGCAAGCUUUUUCAGCCGUGGGCCGAUCCACCGUCCCUCAGACCAUGUGGUGGGCUGAACUAUGUUUUUUAAAAAGUGAACGAAUUCCUAGGCCCCACAAAUAACCCAGAGAUGCAUUUUCAAUAAAAGCACACAUUCUACUCAUGUAAAAACAUGCUGAUUCCCGGACCGUCGGUGAGCCGGAUUGAUAAGGCGGUUGGGCCGCAUCCAGCCCCUGGGCCUUAGGUUGCCUACCCCUGGUCACAAACCUUCCAACAUUCAGCUUCAUUGGAUGGGUCCACCGAGUUCUAUGUCUAAAGCAGUUGAUCUUGAGUUCCAGGGAAAUGUACUGGCCACAGAACCAUAGAGAUGGAAGGGACCAUGAUGGUCAUCUAGCCCAACCCCCUGCAAUGCAUAAAUAUUUCCCCCCCAACGGGCUCAAACCCACAGCCCUGAGAUUAAGAGUCUUAUGCUUUAUCGACUGAGCUAACCAUGCUAUCAAUGCAUUCUGGGUUUUUUCUUCUUCUUGAUUAAAGGCUGCUAAUGCCUGGAACAUAUUAGGGUAGCCUUGCCUGGCUGAUGGGAAUUAUAUUCCAAAACAUAUGGAGGGGAAGCCUGUUCAGAACCCUUCCAGGCUCCUCCAGGAAACCUAGAAGUCAUAUUUCUUAUUCCUUGAGUGUCUGAAUAUUUUUUUAAUAGGUGAGCAUACAGUCACAUGAAUGUGGAAGCAUAUCCAUUGCCCUUAUAUAUUAUAAAUUAAAAGAGAUGACUCUGAAAGUGCUAUUCUGAUGCCUGGGUCUCUCUGAGUGCUUUUCCUGUUCCUUCAGUUCUUCAUCUGUGUUUACACUGCAAGGGUCUUAACUUAUUUAGGGGUGGAGCGAAGCCAGUGGAGAAACAGUGGGCUGUUUGUUGCCUGCGUGUAGCUGUUUUCUGCAAACAGAAUAGUUAAAGAGGAUCUGUUCUUCCUUCUCCUCCCUUGAGCGCCACACCACACACCUCCAAACAAGAAGAUUUCUCAUCUCUCAUCGGCAGCCAUCACAGCUGGAUGCUGGAAAACAAACAAAAUCCCUGAAGCCCAGGCCUCUAAGUGGGAUAAGUAACAAAAACAACAACCCAAGCAGUCUUCAGUAUUUUAAAAGCAAGCCCUGGGAAAGAAAGAGAAGGGUGGGGGAGAGAGAGAGACUCUAAAGGAGAAACCAUGAGGGAAUCAACUUAGGGAAGCUUUGUCAAAGUUUUUUCUGCUUCCCAUCUCGCUUUUUUUUAUCUUCUCGUGUGAGCAACAAGGUUAUAGAGAAUUGCACUCAAGGCAAGAUGUGUAGGCACAUAACGAUACAUAGAAAUCUGGCAGUGUUAUCUCCUAUAAUGUAGCUCAUGUAACUAAAUUCAAAAUGUGUUUUAUAUUUUCUUUUCCUUCUCUGGAGGUGGGAUGAGAGACAGCAGCAAAUUUUUUGAGUGUUUUUAAUUCUUGUUGGUAUUUCCGUAAGAGUGAAAUUGGUGGGUUUUUUGUUUAAAGAAUUAGAUAUACGCUGUAUUCUUCAACAAUAUGGGACGUUUUCCUUGUUAAGUGUGAAACGGCUGGGUGGGAGCCAACACAGUGUGGAAUUGUGAAAUGAAUGAAGGGUAAACCAAGGUCCCAUCAACUUGAGACUGGCGAGAUGUUACCUCUCCGAUGGGGGCAGGUAUAUAUCCACUGAUGUCAUAGCCCGAACUUCUCUUCCUUUGAGGUGAAAGGAUAGCAUGUAGAUGGUUGCUUUCAUCACUUUCUGUCUUGGGUAGCAGGUGGUAUCAAAUCCGCCUCAGUGUCCUAGCUGGGACAGUGUAGAGUAGUGGUUAGAACCCAAAGUGGGUGGUACUGCCCCCUGGCCCUGGCAGGCAAUGGGUUUAGGGGGCAGUAAGAAGCAAGGGGAUGGCAGUGGGGCUCUGGAGGUGUAUAUGACUAUCAGGCUUUGUAAAGCUGGUAUCACUGGAACAAGUUCAUCAGUUUUGUUGAAUUGAUUACACUAAGCAAUUUUAAUUGGGUUUUGAAUAAAUGCAAUUAACUCUUACUAUUUUGAAUCUGAUUGUUACUGUCUUCCUUAGUGGGCUGUGCAAACUGCUAUUAUAAAUAAUGCCUUUUACGGGGGAAGGGAGGUGGCACUAUGGAACCAAGGGGGCAGUGACCUGAAAACGUUUGCGAACCUCUGCCCUUGUUGGACUAGGAACUGGAAGACCAGGGUUCAAAUCUCUGCAUAGCCAUGAAGCUAUGACCUUGGGCCAAGCAAAGCAUCUCAGCCUAAAACCUACCUCGCAGGGUUGUUGUGAGGAUAAAAUAGGGAGAAUAAUCUAUCAAGUGCUUUGGGGGGGGCAGGGGUGUGAGGUGGGAUAUAAAUGUAAUAGAUAAAGCUCAGAUUAGCAAGCAAGCAAGUGUAGGGCACACUGUUAAUGUCGUGAGCAAGAUCCCAGCAUAGAGGGCCGCUAGUCUAAGACCCACUGUGUGUUUGAAAUGGGUCAGGUAUUUCUUGCUGUGCUUUAGCAAUGUGUGGACCAGCCCUAGCUUGGAAGGUUUCCGCAAGAGGUCAAGAGCCUCUGAUGAGAGUUUAUCUUGCCCCUUCUAUGUGCUCUGGAUAUCAUCUUGCUCUGUGUGGGAAUGGAAGCAACUCUGGGUCUUUCCAGGACAGCUGUGAGGCAGACACACACACACACACACACACACACACACACACACAGCAAAUUAUGCAAUGGUUAGCUUGCCUGAAGCAGUGCAUUUUCUUCCAACACCUCCUUCGUCACCCUUUCCAAAAUAGCUUGCCAAGUUGCGUCCCAAGUACAUAUUUUAUAGCUUGUGUUGAGUUGAAGAUGUCCAAUUGAACCUUAAGUACCUAUUUAAGUCACCGAGACAGGCCAAAUAAAGGGUCAAGUGGGGAGAUGUAGUUGUCGGCACGGCAGAGCUCAAACAGGGCUCCGUCCAAGGGGCUUUGGUUCCUUUCCUAAUUCAAGGCCACCAGCACAAGAGUCCCUCUUGACCUGCCCAGCACCCUUGGUGUGAAUUGGCAAAAGCGCAAGCCAGCUAAGUUCCACCCCUCCGCCCAGAUCUGCGGAAACUCAAGGCUGGAGAAACUGUUUUCAUUGCGGGAAUGGCAUUGAGGACAAUGGCGUUUCUGUCUAAGCAGCCUUCUUGUUUGCCAAAGAGAGGGAGCUUUUCUGGGCAUGCUGGCGUUUGGUUCAGCCGGUUACGGUGUUUAUCGGUGCUUUUCAAAUUCCCUGUGCUUGAGGAACCUUUUCUGCCUUGAUGCACCUGCCAUCUUUGUUUGCUGUGGAACAUCUGUGCAUUUCUCUUCCGCCGAUAGCCAUCUGUGCUGUAGCGUUUAAGAGUCUCGUACUGGGACCUGGGAGAGACCAGGGUUCAAAUCCCUACUUGGCCAUGAAGCUCACUAGGUGACCGUGGGCCAUUCAUUCACUCUUGCCCUAACCUACCUCGCAGGGUUGUUGUGAGGAUAAAAGGGGGCGGGGAGCUAUGUACACCACUUUGUGCUCCUUGGAGGAAAAGUGGGGUAUAAAUGCAGUAAAUAAAUACUGAAUUUAGGGUCAGGUUCUAGGCUUCAUGGACUACUUGUGCAGAAAACUGGACUCUCUCUCUCUUGCAUCCCUCUCAUGCAUUUGCAAGGGAAGUUGGGUAGCAGCAGGUUGCCUCUUUCCUAGAUAAGCUUCCCUAAUGAAUUUCCUGUUAGAAACAUAAUAACUGCCCUGUUAGAUCAGGUCAACAGCCCAUCUAGUCCAACAUCCUGCUCUGACAGUGGCCACUCAGAUGCCCAUGGGAAACCUACAAGCAGAACUUGAGUUGUUUCCAGCAACUGGUAUCCAGACGUUUUGCUGCCUCUGGCUGUGGAGGUAGAACAUCAUGGUUGCUGAUAGGCCUCUUCUCCUCCAUCAAUUUUCCUAUUCCUUUAUUAAAGCCAAGUGGGUGGCCAUCCCUGUCUCCUGCCGGAAUGCUAUGUGAUAGCUCCGUUGCUUAGAGCGUGGUGCUCAUAACGCCAAGGUUGCAGGUUCAAUCCCCGUAUGGGACAGCUGCAUAUUCGGGUUGGACUAGGUGAUCCGCAGGGUGCUUUCCAACUCUAUGAUUCUAUGAAUCUGUGGAGGAGCGAGUUCCAUAGUUUUAACUACACACUGUGCCUCUGUUGUUUCUCUCCUUCAAAACGUUCAAAGUAAGUGACCUUAUAUGUGCUGGCUGUGGCUCCCCCUUGUCCUCCCCAAAUAUCGAGGAGGUGUCCAGGUCCCCAUUGGCAAGUCCUCCGAAUGUGAGGUUGCCAUGUUUCAAAAAGUAAAAUUCCUGACACUCGCAAAGUUGUUGAAAACACCAAAAUUGUUGAGCUUUUGUGGGAAAUCUACCUCGAAAAUAGUAGGUUUUAUGCUGCUUCUGCUGCUUUUUCCAUCAUGUUGCCAUACAUCCGGGUUUCCCCUGACAUUUUGCCCUGGGUGCCAUUUUUAAACCCCAAAACCAGGACAUGUCAGGAGUUUUCCUGACGUAUGGAAAGCCUAUCGGAAUGAAACCUCUGGCCCUUCUUUGUUUGUUUCAGGUAUGGUGUGAAUAUGCGCUGCUUGGCGACCCGGGUCAACUAUAAGACUUUGAUCGUCAUCUGCGUUCUGUUCACCCUGGUCACGGUCCUGCUGUGGAAUAGAUGCUCCAGCAACAGGGCAGCCCCACCCUUCCUGCGUAGCCCUAGCAGUGCCUUCCGAGCGGACGGACUGGAGAAGCGAGUGGCCGCUUCGGAGAGCAACAAGGAUGUGAACGGCCCGGCCAAGCAGCAGCAGCAGAGUGAAGAGGCCUCCCCGCAAGAGCAGCAGAAGGCGCCCCCUGUGGUCGGGGGCUUCCACGGGAACAAGGCGCUGGGGCUGAAAUACGAGGAGAUUGACUGCCUGAUCAACGAUGAGCACACCAUCAAAGGCAGGAGGGAAGGGAACGAGGUCUUCCUGCCCUUCUCCUGGGUGGAGAAGUACUUUGAGGUCUACGGGAAGGUCGCCCAGUACGAUGGGUAUGACAGGUUCGAGUUCUCCCACAGCUACUCCAAAGUGUACGCGCAGAGGGCGCCUUACCACCCGGAUGGCGUCUUCAUGUCUUUUGAGGGCUACAAUGUGGAGGUCCGGGACAGAGUGAAGUGCAUCAGUGGCGUCGAAGGUGGGUCUUUCGUUGCUCUUCUUCUUUGCAGGGGAGGAAGGGGAGCUUGUGGCCCUAUAGAUACUGUUGUUAGACUGCAAUUUCCAUCAUUCUUGAUGAUUGACUCGGCUGGCUGGGGCUUUUGGGAGAUGCUCCACAGUUACUACAUAUCUGUGAGUAGUAGAACCUGACUUUUCAGGACAUGAUUCAACUUGGCCACGGAAUUCACAUGAUUCCGUUUGUGUGCUUUCAGGUUGCUUUUCUGAAAACAAGCAAAGAAAACAGAUAAUAUCUGUCUUUUCUAUUACCUACAAGCAUUCCUAGACGAUAAAGCCUAUCUUGCAUUUUAGUAAACUAUUUUAAAUCAUUUUCCAAAUCUGUUGCCUUUGGGGGGAAUGUCCUUUUCAAUGUAGCCUGUUAUCUGUCCUGCUUAUUAUUAUGAAUCUCCUUUUGCUUACAUGUCUCAAGGCAAUUUGCAGACAUAUCUUGGGGACCUGGGAAGCUGCCUUAUACUGAGCCCAGACCAUUGGUGCAUUUAGCUCAGUACGGCCUACACUGACUGGCAGCAGCUCUCCAGAGUUUAAGGGUUCUAUUUCCGGCCCACUUGGAAAUGCCAUCAAGAACUGAACAUGGGGUUUUCUUCAGGCAAAGCAGAUGCUCCUAUCGCUAAGCUAGGGUUCGUACCAGUAUCAUAAAAUGAUAUUGGAAACAGGUUUAAAAACUACACAGAAUGAACACCUGAUCUUAAAAAGCUUGUUGAAUCAAAAGGUUUUCAAUUCCUGCCCCCCCCCCCCCCGGAAAUUAGAGAUAGGGUGUGCCUGUUAUAUCUCAUUAAGUGUACAGUGGUACCUCAGGUUAAGUACUUAAUUCGUUCCGGAGGUCCAUUCUUAACCUGAAACUGUUCUUAACCUGAAGCACCACUUUAGCUAAUGGGGCCUCCUGCUGCUGCCGCGCCGCCGGAGCACCAUUUCUGUUCUCAUCCUGAAGCAAAGUUCUUAACCCGAGGUACUAUUUCUGGGUUAGCGGAGUCUGUAACCUGAAGCGUAUGUAACCCGAGGUACCACUGUAUAGCUAAUAGAUAGGAUUUUACACUGGAAACCUCUUAGAAGCCAGCUUGGCAAUUAAGUAGUAUAUAGUUUUAUUAUUAUCAAUAUUAAUGUAUAUAGCCAUAAAUAACUAAAGAGCAACCGUUUCUAAAAAAAAUAUAUUCCUGGCUUGGUUGCCUGCAGGAGAUUUCUUAUUCACCCCAGGCGACUACUUGCAAGCCUAGUCUGGUGGGAUCACUUCUUCAGCGGAGAGCCUCUCCUGUCAAGUAGAUUGCAAGGCAGUGAAGGAGUUCAUUUUAGGUUUCCUCCUGUCUCAUUCCCACAAUGUCAUUGUGUUGUCUGGUGUCCUGUGACCUGGAGAAUUUAAUCAUGUCAUCUUUCUAAAUUAACAGCUGCAAGCGAAGCUUUUAUAGCAGGCGUAGGGCUGGUGCCUCUCUCCCGGAUCCCGAGGCCUGCGCCUCUCGCAGAGACCCCUCUUCAUUAAUAAGCAAAGCAUCUUUUAGCAUUUGAGAUAUUACAUAGCGCUCUUUAAAUAGUUCCCCUGGCGCUUUUGCCCUUCAGGCAAACACAUCCAUCAAGUGACUAUCACAGACACUUAUCGGCAUUAUGAAGUGCGGAUGAUACGUGGAAAUGCAUUUUCUUUAAUUUUGUUUCGGUAAUCUUUCUGUCACGCUCGGUUUGAGGCAUAACCGCUCUCCGAGCUAGACGCUGCUGUGUUAAGGGGAGAAGCCAUUGUUAGGCCUAAGCCGGCAAGAGGGUCCAGCUGGUGGAGCUGACGGUGGGUGACACUAGAUCUGCCUCGAGGGGAAAGGCCUUCGUACCUCUGCGGUAGACCCACCUGCUCUGCAUGCAGAAGGUCGCAGGCUCAGUCCCUGGCAGCAUCUCCAGGUGGGGCUGCGGAGAGCCUCUCAGCUGAAAUCCUGGAGUGCUGCUGCUGGUCAGAGUAGACAAUACUAAGCUGGAUGAACUAGUGGCGACAGAAGGGUAAAUUACUUUUAGAUCAGUUGUCAGAGUCAGGCUAAAAGUGCAAUCCCCACUGAGUGGAGUGGGAUUGACUCCGGAGUUGGCUUGUUUCAGGUUCCACAUUAGCUGGCACUCACUUGCUAUUUUAUGAAGCAAGCUGGGCAGGAUUCUUCCCACCGGACUUUAUUUUAUUACUUAUUGCAUUUAUAUCCCACUUUUCCUCCAAGGAGCUCACAGCGCUGUACAUAAUUCUCCCCCCCCCCAUUUUACCCUCACAACAACCCUGUGAGGUGGGUUCAGCUGAGAUUGAGUGCCUGGCCAAGGUCACCCAGUGAGCUUAAUGGCUGUGUGGGGAUCUGAUCCCUGGUCUCCCAGGUCCUAUUACAGGACUCUACCCCAGUACACACUGGCUUUCAAAUAGACAUUGGUUGUGGUGGGAUUCAAGCCUAUGCCACCAACGAUACUCUCGCUAUUAAACUUUUAAGUAUCUAGUUAGUCAGGUAUGAAAAAGGGUGUGUUCAUGGUUCUCCUGACUUAGUGCAGCCUUCCUCUACCUUAUACCCUCUGGAACUACAACUCUCAUCAGCCCCAGGGAAGCAUGGAUGCAGUCCCAUCAGCCUCAGCAUCAUACGACUAUGUUUGCUGGGGCUGAUGGGAAAUGUUGUCCAGGGCAUCUGAAAGGCAUGCAAUGCCAACAGUAGCUGGUUCCGUUGGCAAAUGUGUCAUGGCCCUAAAAAUGUUGGCGGCCCCUGGAGUGUAAAGGGUUACUCUAGUGGUUUCCAAAGUGGGUGGUACCCUCCAGGAGUGGUGGUGGUGGGAUUCUCUAGGGGGCCACUCAGAGGCAAGGGGGUGAUGGUGUGUCUGUGUGUGUGUGCGCGCGCGCUGGAGGUGUAAUUGUUAACAAAAUGUGAAAAUCUGGUAUCACCGGAUCCAGUUCAUCAGUUUUGUUGAAUUAAUUAAACUAAAUGGUUUUAAUUGGAUUUUGAAUAAAUGUGCAAUUAAUUGUGAGUUGUGCAGACCUGUUUUCUGGGUACUGCUUUUUAUAGAGUAGGGUGGGGGGGCCACAAGGGAUGAGUUUAUGGAACCAAGUGGCCUGAGAAAAUUGGGAACCACUUUGAUAGAGGGGAAAUAAAUGGAGGCAGGACUAAAUUGCAGGAUCAACAGAAUCCCACAUGUUUUUACUUGGUAGUCUUCAAUGGGGCUUAUUCCCAGGAAAGUUCGUACAGAACUGCCCGAUUCUUAGGUGCAGUUCUAUAUUCAUUUCUGGAUCGUGGAAACCACUGCUCUGAAUUAAGCGUUUAGUAGGGUGAGGGGCACUGGGGAUUAGAGCUGGGUGAUAUAUUGGUAAAUUGUCUGAAACUGGUAUGGCGUUCAGAUCGUGAUGUAUUCCCAGCUCAAAUUGCCUACAGACAGCCAAAGGUGCAGGCAGGCAGGCAGAGGAAGAAGCAGCUGAGAUACAUUCCAGAACAUUGUGAUAGAUCAGCAUACUGAUAUAUCUCAGUGUUGAAAACCAGAUAUCGCUGGCCCUGCUGGGGAUGAGUUUAUGGAGUCAAGGGGGCGGUGGCCCGAAAAACAUUGUGAGCCAUGGGGUUAGUCUGACCCCACAGGGCUCUUCUGCUGUGCUCACAUUCAUAUGCUGUGUCUUCUGCCCCUUGUCACAGGCGUACCACUCUCGACGCAGUGGGGGCCGCAGGGCUACUUCUACCCCAUCCAGAUUGCCCAAUAUGGGCUCAGCCAUUACAGCAAGAAUCUGACUGAGAAGCCUCCUCACGUGGAGGUGUAUGAGACGGCUGAGGAGAAGGACCAAAACAGCCACACUGCAGACUGGACGGUACCCAAAGGCAGCUCUGUCACGACGAUGCUGGACAAGUCCAGGUUCACAAACGUCAAGCAAUUUGUUGUCCCAGGUGGGUCAGUUCAAAGGAGACGGUAGGUCUGGCCGGAUCCUGCAGGGCUUUUCUUACAUUCCCGUGACAUAGGGUGUGGCUUUAUAUAAAUACACACUUUCACUUCUCCAUUAUUCCAUUUCUUUUCAUGCUGAAAGGUGUGUGCAGGGGGAGACAUUCCCCCCCCCAAGAAAAUUAAUGAUUAUAUGCAACAUUUCUUCUCUUUCCCCCACACCCAGAAAAUUAAUGAUUAUAUGCAACAUUUCUUCUCUCUCUCCCCCCCCCCCCCCCGGUUUGCUUUGUAUGAAGACAGGCUCAUUAAUAGGGGCAUAAUGUAUUUCCCCCAACUAAUCAAUAGCCAUUAGAAUUAAUGAGUCCAUUACUUUAAAAGGCAACGAAGUAAUUUUAGUCAGCGCCUUAGGCUGGGGUCUCUAAGGCGAAAGCAGUAAAAGUCUCCCUUCCCUUUGUAGUCAGUGGAGCAUCCAGGAAGGCUGGAUCUCUAAGGUGUGCUCCUCUCCCACUUCAUCAGCCGCGGAGUAAUCCUUGGGCUUCUCAGAGGCCAGUGUGGGAGCAGGAUGCUGGACUUGCGGGGGGGGGGGGAGCUUUGAUCCAGCCCAGCAACCAAGCUGGACAUGAUGGGCCGCUGGCCUGAUCCAGCAGGCUCUUCUUAUGUUCUUAUUUGCCAGAAACAUCUAACUGGCCGUUGUGGGGAACAGGACCUUGAACUGGACAGAGCUCUGGCUUGAUCCAGGGUGCCCAUACUUGCAUUUGUAACUAAUUAAUAAUGAACAGAAUCAAAGUUGAAAUGCUAAUUUCAUGCUAUUGAUUCGAAUGUCCUUGGCAGUGCAUGAGAACAGGCGUUGUGGCUGGCAAGCUGCUUUCUUGAUGCCUAUCUGUCAAUACUUUGGGGGAAAAGAAAGAUCCAUCCUGUGUUGUAGUUUUGCUCCAUAACCAACCCCUUACCCUUUGUAUUCCCCGUCAGAAAACUCCGAGGGCGCCUCUCUGCAGCUGGGGAACACGAGGGACUUCAUUAUUUCCUUCGACCUCAAGCUCAUCACCAACGGGAGCAUCUCGGUGGUCCUGGAGACCACAGAGAAGAACCAGCUGUUCCGCGUGCACUACGUCUCCAACACCCAGCUGAUAGCUUUCAAGGAUAGAGACAUUUACUAUGGCAUCGGGCCCAGGACUAGCUGGAGCACAGUCACCCGAGACCUUGUGACCGACCUGAGGAAGGGGGUCGGCCUCUCCAACACGAAGGCCGUCAAGCAGACUAAGAUCAUGCCCAAGAGGGUGGUCCGCUUGGUGGUGAAAGGGCACGGCUUCAUCGACAACGUCACCAUCUCGGCCACGGCCCACAUGGCGGCCUUUUUCGCCGCUAGCGACUGGCUGGUGAGGAACCAGGAUGAGAAGGGUGGUUGGCCGAUCAUGGUGACCCGGAAGCUGGGGGAAGGCUUCAAGUCCCUGGACCCCGGGUGGUACUCUGCCAUGGCGCAGGGCCAGGCCAUUUCCACCUUGGUUCGGGCCUACCUCUUGACGAAAGACCACACGUUCCUCAGUGCGGCUCUGCGGGCCACGGCGCCUUACAAGCUCUCCUCAGAGCAGCGUGGCGUGAAGGCCGUCUUCAUGAACAAGCACGACUGGUACGAGGAGUACCCCACGUCGCCUAGCUCCUUUGUCCUGAACGGGUUCAUGUAUUCCCUCAUUGGGCUGUACGACUUGAAGGAGACGGCGGGAGAGAAGCUGGGGAAGGAGGCCAAGCUCCUGUACGAGCGGGGCAUGGAGUCCCUCAAGGCCAUGCUCCCUCUCUACGACACGGGCUCAGGGACCAUCUAUGACCUCCGUCAUUUCAUGCUUGGGACAGCCCCGAACCUGGCCCGGUGGGACUAUCACACCACCCACAUCAACCAGCUCCAGCUCCUCAGCACCAUUGACGAGACGCCCCUGUUCAGAGAGUUCGUCAAGAGGUGGAAGAGCUACCUGCGAGGAGGCAGGGCGAAGCACAAUUGAGCCCAGCUCACAACCAAAAUGGAGUUUCCCCCCGUCUGCGGUGCUUGGCAGCCGCCAUCUUUGAAGCAGAGUGAAGGUGGUGCCCAAACCCUCUGUGUGCGUGUGUGUGUGUGUGUGCGUGCGUACUUGUGUUUUGUUUUUUUGAACAGACUCUAUUUUCAAAGAAGUGAUCCUUAAAACUCAUCUUUUUUAAACGAUUGCAUUCCAGCGGAUGAAUCCUUUAUAGAGUGGGGAGGUAAAAUUACAAAGCAGGCAUCUGAUCAAAGGACAAAGUUUAGCGAACUUGUUUACUUUUCCACAGCGGUCCAUUAUGGUACUUGUGCAUAACAGAAAAUGUUUUCGCGGGGGGGGGGGGGAUCACAAAAGCUAUGAUGGUUUUUAUAGCCCAGUAUUGGUCAGAAAAAAGUAGAAUAUGGCCUCUCUCUUUUUUUUCUUUUUCUUUUUUAAAAUGGAUGGGUGCAGAAAUGGGAUUUUCACUUGGGGGUGGAGUGGAAAAUAGUGUGCCACGCCAGAAAUCUCUCUUAACUCUUAUCCCAGAGAGUGGGUGACGUCUUUAUUUCAUUCUACAUAUAUUUCCCUUUGGUGGGAAAUUUCAGAGCAGUUUGUGUUGAAAUUCUGUAUAUUGCGAAAUACUUCAAAUGUCCAGUUUCUUUAAAGAUGUACAAAUGGGAUUAAAAAAAACCAACACCACACUAUUAGUGGUGAGGAUUCACUGGGAAUUUCUGUGAAAACUGCGUGGCUACUCGGGAGAGCUGGUGCAGGGGAUGUCUGUGCCUAAGUACCACUCCCAUUUCCUUGCACAGGGACCUCCCAGUGGGCAAGUUCGAAUGUGUGUUUUUCUUACUCUGUUCCGUAAGCAACCGACCAUUACACACAGGACCAGCUGUCAGCACAAAAACGUGGUCACCUUCUCUCAAACUGGUUCUACCGCCACCUUUUCAAGCUGGGCCAAUCGCUUUCCUUGCUUCCAGAUGAGCUGAGACCUCUUCUGGUGAGAGCGGGAGGCUCUGUCCCUCCUGAUCAUUUACAGCAGGUGUGGGGAACCUUUGACCCUCCGGGUGCUGCCGAACUACAACUCCCAUCAGCCGCAGCAAGCAUGGCCAGCGGCUCGGGGACAGAGGAAGCUGUCGUUCAGCAACAUCUGGGUGGCCAAAGGUUCCCCACAUCUGGUUUUUACAGGGUUUCCUUUCCAUGUAAGCCAUUCUGUCCCGGGGGGGGGGGUUCAGGCCCUGUCCUUCUGGUGUUUGGGGUGCCACCCCCUACCACCCCCAAGCACUGGUUGUGCUGGCUGGAAGUUGUCCCCCAAAACAUCUGGAGGGCACCAAGCUGAAGAAAACUAGUCUAGGGUACUGUUGAAACCAGGUACAAUUCAUGUGGGUGAGGGGGCCGGAAAUAAUCUUUUUAAAGUGGCAUUAUGUUUGAACACUGUGGAAGUUUUUCUGCAGCAAUUCGCUCUUGAAACUGCUACUGGUGGUUGGAGGGGAGGUUUGUUUUUUUUAAAUGGUUUAUUUUGUUUUGGGGAAGUGAAAUGAGUAUGUAUUUAUAUUUGUCUGUCUGUAAGUCAUUCCACUUCUGCCGGCACCAUGGUCAACAGCACUUGUUUCGAAAAAUUCAUUUUUUUUCAUUGGGAUCACAGAUACUCAUUUGGUAUUUUUUUCGCCAUUGUGAAAACUGGCCAGGGGCACAGUCUGCUGGGAAGCUGCACUUGAGAGAGAUGGGAAUAGAUGCCUUUUUUUCUCCAUGGACCAGCCCUCUCUUUCCAAUACUACUGUAUCUUCCAGGCUUGUUCAGUGGAGCUUCCAUUAAGGCUCAGGAAGAGCGCUAAUGAGGUGGUGGCUCGAUUCUGGCUUGGAAAUCCCCUUCCCAGGCUUAGAAACUACGUCUCUCGCAAAUUUCUUGUGCUGUGCGGUAUACCCUGCCUUUGGCAAACCGCACUCCCCGUUUCCAGUUGCUGAGAAGUUGGUAGUUGGAGAAAUCCAAGCAGGAGACCCUGCAGAUUAGGGAGGUCUAAUCCAGACCAGAGGUAGCCAUUAUUGGACUCCAGUUCCCAUCAGCCCCAGCCAGCAUGGCCCAAUGGCCAGUGAUGAUGGGAGUCAGAGUCUCAACAACACUCAGAGGGCACCACGUUGGCUACCCUGAAUCCAGAGGGGCCAUGACUUACCAACCCUGCUGCGGCUUUUCAUUUCAGUAGGCACAAUUGCUGCUGGUAGGUGCUUUGGCAGGCUGCCUGAACUUGCCCAGAAUCCCGUGUCAUUGGCAGCUUGCCCCUCUGUUCCUAAUGCCGCGCUCAGAUAUUCAAAUCCCACACUUGUGCAUUUCAAGGAAACCAGGCGUUUCAGCUUGGCCAUUUUUCUUUGCUCGCCUUGCAGUGCAUACAGAAGCCUGCACUAUCGCUUUACUGGGGAAAGAUGUGGGCCGUGGUACUCUCAGAUGUUCUGGGCUAUAACUCUCCCCCCCCCAAAAAAAAAUCUGCAUGGCACCAGGUUGGUGAAGCUUGCCCUGAGGCACGCUGGCCUGUUGGUACAUGAGAAGAACAUUUGAAUUCCUAGGUGCUGGCAACACAGUUGUACGAGCCAGGGCUCCUACAUAGGUCGGCCUCCACGUCCACUGAUCUUGGUAAGGAGCUGUUCUAGAGGGGCCCCCAGGUUCUUCCAGAGCAAAAGUUUGGGUAACGGCUGUUGCUGACUGCAUGUGUUUCUGAAGGGGGGAGGGACUGGAGUGUAUGCAAACUACCAAGAGAAAAAUAGGGGCAUCUGAGGAGUCAGGAGUUAAGUGGGGAGGGAGUAAAUUCAAGUCCCAGAAGAGAGAAGCCUUAGAAUUCCAGUUCUCUUUGAGAACGUUGGUUUCUGUGCUGAUAGCCAGCAUAUUGAACUGCACUCCCCAAGCCAGUCGCCUCCAGAUGUUUUGGACUACAGACAGCCUCAGCAUCAUAUAACUGUGCUGGCCGGUGCUGAUGGGAGUUGUAGUCCCUAACCUCUGGAGAGCACCAAGUUGUGGAAGGGCUGGUCUGUGUUGCGAUGAUACCAAAGUGGUCAAUUCCAGGGCCUCUUUCCUCUCUAGCAAUUGCUUCUGGAUGUGAGAGUGAGACCGUGGCCAACCAGAUUUGGAGCAGCCAGCACAGACACCUUUGGGGUACUGUUUGGGUGGAGCGUUAGUGCCUUGACCAUGCGGCCAUAACUUCCUCUUGCAAUAGGAAAUGAGUAUAUUUGUGGCUGGUUGAUGGUUCUGUGCUUAUGACUCACUGUGGCACUCCCAGGGCUUCCAGAUUUGUGUAGGCUUGUCAUAUUCGUUGGCCCGAGAUUGGCAACUGGAGGAAGCUGGUGUUUGGGAAAUGAGUGCUGUUCUAGUUGGCACUCAAAUUGGCAACCAGCUGCUCUCCACGUGACCCUUUCACUAGCUGCUCAUGGUGGGUGUGAUAGAGGUCAGGGAAGCAGAAUCUCGGGUAGGCUGUGUUUAGUGGGAAUUGGCUUCUGAGAAAUAGGGAUCUUGAUUAUUUUAGUACAUUGUCUUUGGCCCAGUAUGGACAAAGCAGGUUGUAUCCAACUAUGUCAUACUCAAGAGUAAACCCGUUAAAAUCCGUGACCUUAAGUGUAUCAUGCCUGCUGCUUUCAGUGGGUCUCCUCUUGUCGCUCAGUUGGAUACAACCCAAUCCUCCUGAGCAUGUAAGGAUGGCCAGGUGUACCUCUCCCCAACCCCUCAAAGUGCAGAGUGGUCCUCAUUUCCUUUUUCAGAGCCACGAGCCGCUCGGCUUCUGAACAUACAAAGAUUUAUUUCAAACCAGAGUUUGGAGCUGAUCAGCAAACUCAUUCAAGAUUAUGUGCUAGUUUUGGUGCCGAUCCAACACAUUGCACCAUGGUUAGCUCCCAAAAGGGAAAAGUGUGCGUGCAUCAGGGUGGGAAGUUCACAAGCGAGCAGGGAAGGGGAUUACAAGAGCCCCAGCAGACUCCCAGUUUCCUUCCUUUGCAGGUGCCACAUCUACAUUGGGCCCCUGGGCUAUUUUUUCCCUCGUUUGUAUACAUGGGGUGUGAGGGGUGGAUGUCCAAGUUGCUGUGUCUGGAGGCCAACUAUGAGCAAUGAGGGAAUUCCAAGGAGGCAAAACCGAAGUUUAGUAUUGCAAGUUCUCUAUUUUUUUAUUUUAAAAAGGUAGGGGACAAGAGAUGUCAUGAAUAUGGAGGCUAAUGUGUUGAAGUUCACAGAGCGAAGCCAAUGCCUUUUGUUCCUGAGUAGACACGACCCUUUCCCCCCCUUUUGCAUUAUUGUGCGACACACAAGCACAACUGGUGUCGAGUUUUUCUUUACAUCCUUUUGAGGCUUCCACUGAAAAUUGCUGCUUUUCGUCCACCUUGCAAUUGUAUUUCUGACCCCCCCCCCCUUUUUAUUUUUCAUUUCUUUCCUUCCCUUUUUACAUGCGGGGUUUGAACCAUGGGUUUAAAUAUGCAAUAAAUUGUUUACAGGAUGCCCUUUGGAGGGCAACAAGUCCUUUGUAAAGCUGUACAGACUUUGUGGGUUAAGCACAAUGUGCACAGGUUAGUUUUAUAUGGGGCAAGACAUGAUUUUUUGCAGUGGGAAUGGUCC